GCCCGGUACAAUACCCGGAUGACGCGCAGGCGCCUUCUCCGCCCUGCCCUGCCUACGGCCUCCCCAGCCAGCGAAUUGGGGCUCUUCUCCCAUUUGCGGUGUCGGAAGGCGAGCGCGGAGCGGGAUGUCGCCCGCCAUCCACGAGCCGCCUCAUCAGUCCGGCGGCCAGCAGUCGGACGGUGCGUGUUUGUUUGCCGGGAGCCUCCAGGUCACGCGGUGCGCAGCUUGGGUCCUGGCCUCGCGUUCUUCCCGCUGGGUCUGGGGGGUUGGAGCGCGCGCGCGUGUGUCCCGCUACAGCUGGUGCAGCAAAGUUUUAUUUGGCACUUAAGGGAAGAGAGUAGUCGCUGAGGCAGGCUUUAACGGUGUGUCGGGAGAGGAGAUAUUUUUUGCAGAGAACGUAAUGGAUGAUAGUUCAUGCGGUUUCUGGGUGCAGAACAAGAAGUUGGGGGGGGGGUAACUCUUUCCAGCUAACUUUGCCUCAUAAGCAGACCUGUUGAAAUUAAGGAGCGCGACAAAGUUCGGACCCUUCAUUUCAGUAGGUCUGCUCUGAGGGUAAAGUUAGUUGCCUUCCACUCCUAAUUCUUUCCCCUAGUUAGACUUAUUAGUGUGUGUUUUUUAUAACUUUCUUCUCUUUAGUAGCUGUCGUGGUGGACAGAACAUGAUGCAAUAAAGCAUGUGGAUUGAAAAACCUUUGGCUGUGUUGAGCUGGACAAUGGAUAGUAGGCAAUAAAUGGAUCUUCUGUAUUCAUUAGUACCCUGUGAGACAUCAUUAAGAGGCACAGUAACUUGCUUUCUAAAUAUGUCUGUGUGUUUGGCAGCAGGAAAAAAUACAUCAACACACUCGGGAACCACAUGUACUGUGGUCCUGACUUGUUUUUGUUUUCUUUAAAUGAAACGUGGUUCUUAGUUGCCAGUGUUUUAGAUUGACAUGCCUUGGGUUUCAAAAGAGAACUUUAUCUUGCAGUACAGUAUUUUAAAGGACCUUUGGGAGGCACGGAAGAAAUAUAAAAAAGCAGGACCAGCAGACUUAACAUCUUUUAGGACAUAGCUAUGUAAAUGUUUUGGUCCAUGCUUCAUAUAUACCACUAAAUCUAUAUACGCCUUAAAGAGUAAAACAGAGCAGGCUUGCAAGUGUUCAUAGAACUUGCCCCUUAGGUGUAAUCAUAGAGAUACACAUUUGGGAAUUAAAAUGAAUCCCAAGGUUUCUUAAUAGUCCACAAUAUUACUGAAGGUUGUCAAAAAAUCUGUAGUGUGCAUGUUUAUUUAGAAGUAACCCUCAAUGAGUUCAAGAAAGUGAGUAGGGUUUUUGCAUUUAAUGUUUUAUUCCUUGUAUAGGUAAAAGUUCAUUCUCUUUAAAAUUUGCCUCUUGAAGGGGCUCAAAUGACUCAAAACCCUGUAUGUUAUAAGACUCACCAAGGUUAGUUCAGUGAAAAUCACAUUUCUCCCGUGUUUUGCAUUGUUUUGAAUAUGUGCAAUGCUGGUGAUAGGUUCUGUGCCAUAUUUUACCUCUAUCUUAUUGUGAUGCUUUCUUAAUGGGAGCUGAAGAAAUCCCUGUAUAGUUGUGCUGUCCUUCUCUUAAAUCAACAUGGGACACAAUGUGCCAAGCAUCUUUUCUAGGUGCAGGGUAAAACUCUGUAUUCCAGUUUGGAUGCAAUGUGGUUUUCUAAGCUUCUGUUUUAUCUCACUGAAAUUGCCUGUAUCAUAUCUCCUUGAAAUUUGUGGGACUUCAGAGUGAACAUUGUUGGGAUAGGGCUAUCAGUGAUUGCUCUUGUGUGGAGACCUAACCUCUUAAUGCCAUUUGCUCAAUAGGAAGCUGAUUUAUUUUUUAGAAGGACUGGUGUAGAUUAAAAAUCAUGUGGGGGAGGUGUGGCCUGUGUGCUGUGUAACAGCUCACAGUUGUGGAUAAUCUCUCCUGGAUGUCUUGACAGUGUGACAGAGCAUGUGCAAAAAUGCCUACCUACCUACUGUAAUUAGAAACUUAUGCUUUCUUUCCACUCCAUGGGUGAUAAAGAGGAUUAUACUCAAAGUAGACCUAUUGAAAGAAAUUGAAAAUGACUUCAAAAAGUCCACUUUGAGUAUGGCUAACUUUGGGUAUAUCACAGCAUGGUAGAGCUGCACUGUUAGUCCUCAGGCAAACAAGCCCUAAAAUCUACAGGCUUGCAAGAAGACAGGGAAAAGUAUUGCUGCUGAGUUAGGAGCUGGUUCUACAUCUAGCUCUAUAGUAUACAGUGGUGCCCCGCAAGACGAAUGCCUCGCAAGACGGAAAACUCGCUAGACGAAAGGGUUUUCCGUUUUUUGAGCUGCUUCGCAAGACGAAUUUCCCUAUGGGCUUAGCUCGCAAGACGAAAACGAAACCGUCUUGCGAGUUUGUUUCCUUUUUCUUAACACCGUUAAUACAGUUGCGACUUGACUUCGAGGAGCAACUCAUAGAACGCGGUGUGGUAGCCUUUUUGAGGUUUUUGAAGACUUUGGUGAUUUUUGAAGCUUUUCCAAAACUUCUUUUAAACUUUUAAAACUUUUUUGGGGGUUUUUGGAUUUUGGUUUGGGGUGUUUGGAAUUCAAGGACUUGGUGUUGGGGAGGGGUUUGCAAGAAUCUGGAAGCUUGUGUGGUUUUUUCCUGCAUUUUUAUGAUUUUCUGUGACCAUUGGGCCACUCUGCUGUUUUUUAAAAAAAAUUUCUGGAUUUGAAUUUCUGUGUGGUGGGUGGCUGGGGGAACAUUUGAGGAGGGGGUUCUUCAGCAAGAAGCAACGAGUGGAAGAGGAACCUUCUUCGAGUUGUCCCCCAGAGUCUUAGAAAAUGUACUGUACACUUUGUUGAUUUUUAAAUGUUUUUCUGUCAUGUUUAGAAACUUAAUUUAUGGUUCCUUCAAUUUUUGAAAUGCUCUUUACAGUAUGUGUGACUUUAAAGAGCACUUAAUAAACUCUUGUUGUACCGAAUUUGGCUUUGUUUGGACUUUUUUUGACCAUAGGAACGCAUUAAUUGAAUUUCAAUGCAUUCCUAUGGGAUUUCGUGCUUCGCAAGACAAAAAAUUCGCUAGACAAAAAAACUUGCGGAACGAAUUAAUUUCGUCUUGUGAGGCACCAUUGUAUAACCUUAAUAUUUACAACCAGAUGAAGGUUUCAUUUUUGGAAUAAUUAAUUUUUAGAGUAGUUUUUACAGUUAUGUCAAAAAUUACUGAUUUGGUUAUACUAUUAGAAAUACAUAGACAGAUAAUUAUGAAAUUAUGGUGAAGUUUAAUAAGUUAACUGUUUAUAUUUGGAUAAUUUUUCUGCUGUACUUUAUUGGAAGGAGGAAAACAAUCAUUUCCUUAAUAACAAUUUAAACAAUUUAUUUAACUAAAACAAUAACAUUAUAUCAUAUGUAUCCAUGUUUGUUAACUGAUGUGGUUAAACAAUUCUUUUUUUAAAAAAAUCUUAGACUCAGUUUUAGCACACAUGAAAAACUUAAAUCCUGAUUUUAAAAAUCCUAUUUAAAUUUUUAAAAAUUAUUAAUUUUUUAAAAAAUCAUUGAUUUUUAUCCACACUGGCUUUGAAUAUGCAUUUCUCACUUGACCCUGUUCCUAACACAGCUACGAAGAAAAGCCUGAAAGAUGAAAUUGAAAUGGUUUUGCGGGAACGCAUUAUGGUUUUGGAUGGAGGCAUGGGGACCAUGAUCCAGCAACAUAACUUAACAGAAGAGCAAUUUCAAGGUGAAGAAUUUAAGGAUCAUAUGAAACCGCUAAAGGGAAACAAUGAUCUGUUAAGCAUAACUCAGCCUGACAUAAUCUACAAAAUUCACAAGGUCAGUAUGGUUUGUUUUAUGAGGAUUUCACUGGGAGAAUACUGAUUAUUUGCAAAGGCAUAUGCAGAUAACUUAGAUGACAAUAAUUAUCAUGGUUCCUUUUGCUGAAAAACUUGUGUGAAUUAUAAUGUAUGUAGAAGUAAUUGCUGAGUAUAUUGCAUACUUUCUCUUUCUUUAGUAAAAACUUGAGAAUUGUAACAACCAAUAAGGCCCCACUGCAUUGGACUAAAAAACUUUUAUCAGUUUGAAUGGACUCUGAUUUCACUGAAUAUUCUUUACAGAAUUGUUUUGUUGCUUUUUAUUCACUGAAUUAAUUUAUAUCCUGCCCUUCCCCCAGAAGGAGCCCUGGGUGGCAAAGAACAAGUGAGAAAACAAUUUAAAACAUUUACAGUACAGAGGUAGACUAGGAAUGCGUGUUGGAAGAGUAAGGUCUACACACUAGGCACCAAAACGACAACAGAGAUGGCACCUGUCUAAUAUUCCAGGGGAGAGCAUUCCAAGUGUAGGUGCCACAGCACUAAAAGCCUGAUUCCUAUAUUGUGUGUAACAGACCUCCUAUGAAGAUGGUAUCUGCAGGAGGAGGCCCUCACCUGCAGAACAUAGUACAGUGGUGCCCCGCAAGACGAAUGCCUCGCAAGACGGAAAAACCGCUAGACGAAAGGGUUUUCCGUUUUGGAGUUGCUUCGCAGGACGAAUUCCCCUAUGGGCUUGCUUCGCAAGACGAAAAUGUCUUGCGAGUCUUGAGAUUUUUUUUUCGCUUCCCCCUUUAUCUAAUAUGCUAAGCCUUUAAUAGCCUUUAAUAGCCUUUUAGCAGCUAAUCCCUAAGCCUUUAAGCCUUUAAUAGCCGCUAAACCGCUAAUAGCGCUAAUCUGUUAAGCCGCUAAUAGGGUUGCUUCGCAAGACGAAAAAACCGCUAGACGAAGACUCUCGCGGAACGGAUUAAUUUCGUCUUGCGAGGCACCACUGUACUUUAAUUGAUUGGAUAUAUAAGCAGUGAGAUGAUUUUUCAGAUAUCAUGGUCUCAGGCUGUAUUUAUAUACCAAAACCAGCACCUUGAGCUAAGUCUAGUAGCUAAUUGGCAGCCGGUGCAAUUUUUUCAGCAGUGGGGCAGCAUAUUUGCAAUACCCUGCCCUGACAAGCAGUGGAGCUCAUGCAUUUUGCAGCAACUGGCGUUUCUCAAGAGCAGCCCCAUGUAGAAUGCAUUCCAGUAGUUCAGCCUGGAAGUUUCCAGUGGAAAGAAUGAUAGGGUAGUGCAACUUCCGCAGGUGGUAACCAUCUUAGCAGUACCCUUCUCUCUCUCUCUCUCUCUCUUUUUUUUAAUGAGAUGUGGUUUGGCAUAUAACUCUUUUAUCAGGCAUCUAUACCUUGAAUCACUUUCAGUAUUGCCUGGUCUCUUGGUAUCAUUCUAUCAUUGUAUCUAUUUUAUUUUUAAUUGAUUUUUAAAAAUUUCUUAAUCUUUUCACCUUCAAAAGAAAUUUCUUAAAGUAUUUGAUGCUUUAAUAAAAUAAAACAAAGAAUUUUAUUGCAGACUGUUUGCGGACUUCCCGCAGUUGCCUGGUUGGAUCCUGGACUUCAUGUGUCAUUGGCCUGAUCCAGCAGGAUCUUCUUAUGUCUUAAUAAUAAUAAUAAUAAUAAUAAUAAUAAUAAUAAUUUUAUACUCAGCCCAUCUGACUGGGUUCCCCCAGCCACUCUGGACAGCUCCCAACGGUAUAUUAAAAACACAAUAAAACAUCAAACAUUAAAAACUUCCCUAAACAGGGCUGCCUUCAGAUGUCUUUUAAAAGUAAGGUAGUUGUUUAUUUCUUUGACAUCUGCUGGGAGGGCGUUCCACAGGGUGGGCGUCACUACUGAGAAGACCCACUGCCUGGUUCCCUGUAAUGUUUUUAGAUUAUUAAAAUGAAACAUAUGCUGUCUUCCAUUUUAGCACAGUUUUCUAUCCCCCCUACUCUAUAGUUAGCAAUAAAAUACUUCCAACUCUUUAAAAAGCUACUUACGUAAUGGUUCAAUAGCAGUAAAUUUUUAAAAAAUUGAGUGUACAUUUUAAAAGGUGAUAGAGUAAGUGCUUUGGAAAUGGCGUGCUUGAGUGAAUUGAAUUUCCCCCACCUACACACUUAUGUCGGCCCAUUUGUGUGGGUGGAAUAUUGAGAGGUUUACAUGCAGACAAAGUGCAGUACCUGCUUCUCCACUCAAUUUUAAUUUCACAUGCAGUUUGCCAUGGAAGAGCCUUGAUUGGAUACUGCUAGGAGCCUCCAGUUUAGAAGCAUCGCUAGGUAGAGGGGGGAAGCUAAGCAGACAUGAGAAGAGAAAAGAGGAUUUGGUUCAUUAUAAGAAAAAAACAGGUGAUGGGAAGAUCUGCAACACAGUGGCAGGUUGAAAGGCAGGGAAAAUGUGUGUUGUGGGGGGUGAAUUUGGGAAAGCUGAAAAGGUUGAAAACUAGGGAUUUGAGCUGCUUAAUAGCUGAAAACAUAGGGAAACAAUGUAUGGAACCUCUGAGAAUAGAGUUAAUUUCUUUUCCCUGUUAAGUUUAGUACUACUACUACUACUACUAAUGUUGUUGUUUAUACACUACCCACCUGAUGGGUUUCCCCAGCCACUUAGUGCGGCUCCCAGCAGAAUAGUAAAAACAUGAUAAAACAUCAAAUAUUAAAAACUUCCCUAAACAGGGCGGCCCUCAGAUGUUUUCUGAAAGCCAGAUAGUUGUUUAUUUCAUUGACAUCUGAAGGGAGGGUGUUCCACAGGGAGGGCACCACUACGAAGAAGGCCCUCUGUCUGGUUCCCUGUAACCUCACUUCUUGCAGUGAGGGAACCGUCAGAAGAGCUUUGGAGGAGGACCUCAGUGAUGGAGGCUGAGCGAUGGGGGUGGAGACACUCCUUCAGGUAUACUGAGCCAAGGCCGUUUAGGGCUUUUAAGCUCAGCACCAACACUUUGAAUUGUGCUUGGAAAUGUACUGGGAGCCAAUGAAGAUCUUUUGGGACCGGAGUUCUAUGAUCCUGACAGCCACUCCUGGCCACCAGUCUAGCUGCUGCAUUCUGGAUUAGUUGUAGUUUCCAGGUCACCUUCAAAGGUAGCCCCAUGUAGAGCGCAUUGCAGUAGUCCAAGCAGGAGAUAACCAGAGCACGUACCACUCUGGCAAGACAGUGCUCAGGCAGGUAGGGUCUCAGCCUGUGUACCAGAUGGAGCUGGUAGAAGAUGCGCUAGACACAGAAUUGACCUGUGCCUCCAUGGACAGCUGUGAGUCCAAAAUGACUCCCAGGCUGCACACCUAGUCCUCCUGGGGCACAGUUACCCCAUUCUGGACCAGAGAGACCCCUACACCUGCCCCGGCCCCUGUCCCCCAAAAACAGUACUUGUCAGGAUUCAACCUCAGUCUGUUAACCGCCGUCCAUCCUCCAGCUGCACUCCAUUCACUUGGGAUAAGGACAUGGGGGAAUAUGUGUUGGAUAAAUGUGUUUGUGUUUAAAAAAAACAAUAAGGGGGGAGAAGGAAACUUAAGCUCUGCAACAUCAAAUUCCCAUCAAAUGUGUGAGGGGUUUCCUCCUCCCCAUCCCUUCUGACACCAUCACUUACUGAAAAAAUGGAAAAAUAUAUCCAUGCCCUACCUCUCAUUUGUUGCUUCUACUAUUGUUGACAAAUGCUGAAACUGAAUGGGGUCUGCUGCUACUAUUCAGUCCAGCAGAGGAGAAACCAAUGCAAAUGCGGAGGCAAUAUCCACAAGAGAGACCUCGAAGCUAUGACAGAGAAGCUUCCUGUCUUGUGUGUGUUGGUGCAGGUGAUGAUGGCACCCUGCUGAAGUUAGGCUUCCCAGGUAACUGCUUGUGUUGCCUUGAUGUAGUGCUGCCCCUGCACAAUAGUGUUCUCUGCACCCUCUCACUGCAUGUGAAAUGUGUGCUGAAGCCUCUGUGAGUGGUCUCACCUGGACAAUCCAGCCACCUCAGGGGUGGGAAAGGGGUAGACAAGCAGCACAUUCAAGGCCCACUUGCAAAUCUAUAUAUGUUACUGGGUCCCAGUUGACAGGCAAGGUUUCAUCUGCAGUAGGGUAAGCAUCUGCUUAAAUAUUGAAGUGCAUGGGAUGCAUUUGCAAAAAAGAAAAGAAAAAAAGUUAUUACCAGAGAAGGGAGGUCAAUCUGUCUCCCAACCCUCUUUGUGUCAUUUCCUGUCAUAAAUAAUCAUGCAAGUUCAACCUUAGUUUUUGAAAAGUGUGUUUGCAUCCAGACAGACCUUGUCACUUAUCAAUAAGUUUCCUUGAAAAUCUAAGCUGGGAAUUUCUCUUCUAGCAUUUUGAUUAAAAUAUAAUUGGCUUUAAUUACCCUUGUCCUCAUUUAUUUUUAUUUUUCACUGAGAAAAAUCUCAAGGGUUUAAACCGUACCACAUCAUUAUAUUGAUAUUCUAAACAGUCACAUCAGUACUUCCAAGUCUAGAAAGAAGUAUGCACAUUUCUUUAAGGAACUGAAGUGUCUUCAUUUUGGAGAACAGCAUGAGUACCCAAGAGGAAUUACUGCUAUUGCCACUUUCAGUUAUAAUUUAAUUACAUAAUAUAUGGUAGAUUUUCCUCUCCUGCUGUUCAAAUAAUGAAAAGGCACUAGCUGACUUUGCAGAUGGUAGGACUUUUUAAGCUUUCCCUCUAAUCUCUUAAGAUUAAUUGCAGAAUUAAAAGUGAUGAGAGAAAGCCCUAUUUUACACCUGGUUACUUACUGAGAGUGGUAGGCAAACCUGUUCCCCUCACAGAACUACAGUUCCUAGAGUUCUGUGUGGAAAAUGGAUUGGUUGUUAAACCACUUGAGGAAUUUUUAGCUCUGUGAAGAGAAUAGUGGUCUCCGAAAAACCCUCAGCACCCUUGCCAAACUAUAGUUCCCAGGAUUCUUUGGAGGAAGUCAGGACUGUUUAAAGUUUAAAGCGGUAUGGCACUACUUUAAAUACAGAGAGCAGAUGGGUUUCUCCUGUGAAGGACUGUAGAAUAGCUUAAAUUCCUUGUUUGACAUUUGUAAAGAGGCUUAACUUGCAUUUGAAAAACAACUUUUCUCCCCCCCCCCCCCCGCUCCCAAAGAAACCCCCUAAUCAUUCUCUUUUUCUUGCAGGAAUACUUGAUGUCUGGUGCUGAUAUCAUUGAGACGAACACUUUCAGCAGCACCAGAAUAGCACAAGCUGACUAUGGCCUUGAACAUGUGGUAAGAAUUUUGAAUUUCUUGUUAAUCAAGGUGGGGUUUUCUAGCUUGUUCACAUUUACUGUUCUCCUUCACGUGGCUGUCUCGCCACCCCCUGUUGAAAUUUAGAUGCGGCACAUGCCUGCCCCUUUUGCUUAUUUUAUUCUGCACUGUGCCAUGUACAAUCAUGGCACUAUAUAAAAAUAACAUUUGUCUGAGACGUUAUAGGUAACGUAGUUUUGAUUUGCUUCUUUCUGAUGAAAGAUUAUCCCAGGCCCAGCCUAGCAAAUGAAGAUUGAAUGAGUAGGAGAGAGAACGUGCAAGGAUUAGCAGCCACAGUGCUCCAUUGUAAGUUUGCAGCUCAAGGUCAGCAGCUGCAGUACCUUGUUUCUGCUGAGAGAAGAAGAGUUUGCAUGUAGUAGUGUUAAGGGGGCAUGCCUGAUCCCCUAGAAGCAGUUUUACUAGGCAGCCAAGCCAAUGCCUAAUUACAAGGCUGAGUGAUCUCUUGUAAUGCAUUCUUGCGUUAGCAUACAUUCUGGAUCAAAAUCAAACAUGCCCAUGCCCUGUUUGGCUACUCAUCAAAGGAUCCUAAAGGAUCAGUGAAACAAGAGUGCCUCACUUCGGUUCUUUUUAUUCUGUUAAAGGGGAUAAAGGAGUUCCCCCAUCAUUGGUGCAAUGUGGCAUGAGGGGCUUAUUUAGUCUUAUCAAUGUGGGUUUGAGGGACAUUAAUUUCUCAAAAGAGUACUUUCCGAAUAAUUUUUCUCUAAUGGAGAACUCUUGCUUCAUAGCAAGACCGUGACACUCCUGUGGCUUGGUUUCAACCGAGCUCUAAAUACACAUUUUUAAAUAAAUUAAUAAAUGUGGACAGUCAUGACUGAUUUAUGCUGUCUUGUGACAUUUGAAAUCCUUUCCUGAGUUCUUGAGGUAAGUAAAUUUGUGAUGCUGAUCACAUUCAGACAUAAAGCUAAACUAUGGCAUAGCUUUAUGCGAAUGGACAAGGACAUCUGAGCUCCCCACAGCUCUCCAAUAUUAGUAGGAGAUUGAAAACAAAAGUGAGAAUUUCCAGCUAUCUGUGUUUACCUAUGAUGUCUGUUUUUUUAAAACAACAACAACAACAACCUUAAACCUUAACUAUGGUUUAGGGAAACUAUCCAACUCAAAACUGUGGUUGCUGAUUCUGGUUUGUUCCCUAAACAUAAGAUUAACUGCAGUUCUAGGUUCAGAUGCAACAAUAAACCAUGGUUAAUUGGAAGCUUUACAUCUGUUUUCAAUCUACCCCACGUGGCAAUAUCAGAAGAAAGGAAAAUGAGAGCCCACAGCCUAAGGCUUCUGCACGUAACACUAAACAAUCAUUUGUUGGAAGCCUACUACAAAAAAAUCCUGAGGCAACUUACAGUACAAAAAGUACUUUACACUUUACUGGGCACUAAAAUAACCACAGGCUUAAUUCUAAAAGCAACAGAUGGAAACAUUCACCUCUUCCCAACCACAUGCACAUGAUUGUGAUCAUCAAAAAGUGAGCAAGCUAAAGCACCCACAGAAAUGUUAAUCAUUAGAUGCAUGGGAGAAGAGGAAAGUCUUUGGUACCAAAAAUGUGUUGAUGUAGGCAACUAGAUGAAUGUCCUUGGGGAGAGCAUUCCCCAAAUGCGAGGGUGCACCACUGAAAAGAACCUCUCUCUCGUUGCUACCCUUAAAGCUUGUGUCAAAAAGGGCAAUCAGAAGAGCGCCUCUGAUGACCUUGGAGGGGUCUGUGUUGACCCACAGGCUGACGUUCUCUGCUGCUGUCUUAGAAAGACAAGACUAACAAGAUCAGAAUGAACACUGGAAGAAAGAUCUGCUAGUGCACAAAAAAGGAAGAUGAGUGUACAUUCUUCCUAAUGACCAAGGGUGUGGGAUGCUUGACUCCAGGUUGGAUAUGUGUUGAUCCUGAUUGGAGGAUCACAUACUAACUGGGCACUCUCAGUAACCCAUUGGUACAGCAUGCCUUGGUUGAAUUUGGUGGGGAGGGGUGAGAUUAGGCUUUUGUGUCUUCUAGAGUUCUUCCUCUUUCGCAUUUCAGUAGACGGUGUUGAUGAGAGCUGCAGAAAAAAUUCCUAUCAUAGUGAUAGCUAUGCCCUUGCCAGCUAACAUUUCUAGCAAGGUAGAGACUUUUGAGCCAAGUUGAUAGUUUAGGGAUCCAAAAUGGAGGCCAACUCUUUGGAAACAUGCGGUGGUGGGGUUUUUUCUUCUUCUAUAUAUACCAUGACUUGUGAAUUGGCUAUAAAAUGCAUUGCAAUGAACACUCUAAAAUGUAGUUCAAAAUAGAGUUAGUUAAACUCUGAAUAUAAUGGAUGCUUUCUGGAUGCUUGAUUGUUUUGAUGUCUUCUCCACUUUCUCCUACCCCUGUACUUCCCAGGCUUAUCGGUUAAACAAAAUAUCAGCACAGGUAGCCCGAAAAGCAGCCGAUGAUGUCACUGCUGAGACAGGUAAAUGACAUUCCAAUAUUUCUAACCUACUGGCUUCCAAUUAGUUCACACAUUAGCCUAGGAUUACUGUUUCUCAUUAGGCUGGAGUAUGUAAUUGCUGGAGGUGUCCUUCAGUGAAACAUAAUAAUGCAUAAUAAAAUAGGCACUAUUCAUUAGGGGCUCUUGUGGGUUCCAAAUUCUGCUUAGAUUCCAGAUGUUAGUGUCAGUCAGUGCUAUUCCCAAAACAUUGCAGCUUGCAUACUUGGUUUCUUAUUUAUACAAAAUGACCUGAAGGUCAAGUAAACUGGCUUUAGUUUCUUGCAGAUUCCAGCAAUAGGCAACUCAAGUGCUGACUGGAAAACAUGGUUUUCUUAAAUUCCAGCAAAAACCCACUGUCUGGUUUCAAGGCUUUAAUAGCUUUAAAGAGAAGGUGUUGUUUUCUCAAAAUCAAGACUAGAAGAGACCAGUAAUAGUUAAAGAGAGAUCUCUUCAGUCUAGCUCACCUAUGAGACUAUUAAAAAAAAAAAAAAUCUCCAGAAUCUACUGCACAUUUUGAUCUUGGAGUAUCUAACUAGUCUUGAUAAUUAGAAUCUCGGUUCUUCUUGUAGAAGCCUUCAGCCAAAUGCUGAUUGCUAAGUUUGUCAAUAUGUGAAAUUUGGGCUUUCUGCCCUUGUUGCGCCUUGAGGUUUGUUGUGACAAUAGAAGCCACAAAAAUAAUUAAAAUCAACUAUAGGCUAAAAACAGAUUGAAACACAUGAUCCACAUUCUACAUAUCUGGAUAGGCUUAUCUAAAUAAUAAUGCUUUUAGCAGGUCUGAAAAGCGUAGAGUGAAGGGGCUUGCCUUGUCUCAUCUGCCUAUCUACUUGUCCUUCCUGCCAAUACAGUGGUGCCUCGCAAGACGAAAUUAAUCCGUUCCGCGAGAGUCUUCGUCUAGCGGUUUUUUCGUCUUGCGAAGCAAGCCCAUUGACGGAUUAGCGCUAUUAGCGCUAUUAGCGGUUUAGCGGCUAUUAAAGGCGUCAAGGCUUCGGGGAUUAGCUGCUCAAAGGCUCUUAAAGGCUAUUAAAGGCUUAGCAGAUUAGAUAAAGGGGGAAAAGCGAAAAAAAUCUCAAGACUCGCAAGGUAUUUUCGUCUUGCGAAGCAAGCCCAUAGGGGAAUUCGUCCUGCGAAGCAACUUCAAAACGGAAAACCCUUUCGUCUAGCGGUUUUUCCGUCUUGCGAGGCAUUCGUCUUGCGGGGCACCACUGUACCCCACAAGUCCCUUUGUCCCUAUGUAUAGUUUUGUCCAGCCCUAUAUUCUUUUUGGCUCCUCCCCCCCCAACUCUGCCUGUUCACCACCUGUUGUUUCCUCAGUUCUGUGCAUUUCAGAUCACUUUCUGCUGUGUCCCACUUCCUAUAGCUACCCUGUCUCUUGACAGCCUGUCUAUCUCCUUUUUCCUUCCCUCCACCCAUAACAAAUAGCAUCACAAAGUUUAGUCAGAACCGCUUCUCUCAUUAGCCUAAUUCAAGCUAUAUUCUUCACUAACCUUUCCUUUAGGCUCUUUUGUUUCUCUGAGACUUCUUCCCAGUUGUCAUCCAUAUGCUGGAUGCUGUUUUAAUUCCUGCCAAAAUGAUAACUUCCCUUCCCCACAUUGGAGCUGGACUGCAAACAGUUGUAUUACUUGAGCAGCUGAACUAUGACAAAAUACAACACCUGCUCACCCAAACUGUAUUAUCACUACAAUGCUAAAUAGUUUUUGUAUUAUUAUUUUUUAAAUGUAUUUCCUAUAUUGGUACUUUGGAACUCCGCCCCCUGGAUCCUUUGAAGUUCCUUGCUGCAGGAUUGUGCCACUCAGCAUCGGCAUGGCAGGCAGGUUUUGCCCCUCUCAUAAUUGUUCCCAAGUGCAGUGCCAUACUUUUAUCAAUUGGUCUGGAUAGCACAUGAUGAAACACUGCUGUGUCUCUGCCCCAUCAUCCAAAGCCUGUUUCUCAAAUAUUAUGUCUCUUCUUUGUAAAGGAAGGAAAAGAUACGUGGCUGGUGCAAUGGGUCCCACAAACAAGACCCUUUCUGUCUCCCCUUCAGUGGAAAAGCCAGAUUACAGAAAUGUCAGUAAGUAUUUAGAUUGUUAUUCCAAAGACAGAGGGCAAAUAUUAUUUAUUUUGCUUUUUCUGUUUCUAUCAGUUUAACACCAACACCACUUUUAUAAUAUAGGCUGACCCAUUAACGUGUUUUUGGUGAGUCCAGAGACUUCCAAUUUUGAUGCCAGUUAAAGUUUUUGUUGUGGUUCAUAAAUCUAUUUCUAAUUCCAUAUUAGAGGUGUCCACAAUAUCUUUGAGGAAGCUAAUUAGAAUUAUUUGAGAGCCUAAUAACUAAUCUCAUUCUGCUGUACAUUGUGCCAAAUAAUAAAGAAUUGCAGUGCAAAGUUACCUUCUUCCAUGUCCACCAGUUGCGGAGGAUAUGAGAACCACAUUUGUAGUCGGAAUAGGUGUUUCAUUGUCACUUCUAGCAUAAAAGGGAAUCUGUUAUUAUUGUGUUGCAGCUUUUGAUGAGCUUGUGGAAGCAUACACCGAACAAGCCAAAGGACUUCUUGAUGGUGGAGCAGAUAUCAUGUUAGUUGAAACCAUAUUUGAUACAGCCAAUGCCAAGGUGAGAAUUCAAAGCAAACCCUUGAAAGUGCCAUUUAAAAAAACAAACAAACAAACAAACCCCACCCCACCCCAUGUGAACUAUAAUUUAAUUGAUCACAAAGUUAGAUGACACAAGUCAAAAGCAGAUAAAACUCAUUUUAUUUAAAAUGAUAAUAUUGAUUCUCUUUGUACAAGUGCAUUAAACAAGGAACGAUUGGGGGGGGGGGCGCUGGAACUGUUCUGCUGGAGUCCUUAAUAGCUUGUAGUAUUCUGGAUGGGACCGUUAAAAGUUCCUGGAAGGGGAUGCCAUGUAUGACAUGAAGUUAAGAAGCUCCUCUUCCUUGCACUGGAUGGGGAAGCUUCAGGAAAGAGGAAAGGAGAAAAACGAGCCCUUUCCCCCACUUUAUGGAAACCUUUCUCUUGAUAAUUAAACAACAGUGCUCCAAAUCCGAGCCCUUUAGCGUUACAUAGCACAGAGGGGCAGUGUUUUGGGUGGAUGUAGAAUGAGAGAAGUGUCCUUUCCUUCCCCUUGGUGAAGCCUGAACAGGACUACAUGACUCCUCCAGGCUUGCUGAAGCCCUGAGUUAGAGGCUGGAGAUAAGAAGAAUGCUGCUGGAUCAGUCUAAAGGCCUCUGUAGUCCAGCAUUUGGUUCUCUCAGUGGCCAACCUGAUGCUUUUAGGGAACUCACAACAAGGACAGCAGUGUGAUAGCAUUUUCUUCAUUGGGAUCCCCAGCAACCAGCAUUCUUCCUCUGAUUCUAGAGGCAGUGUAUACACACACACACACACACACACACACACACACGUGUGGCUGUUUUAUGUAUGUGCUUUGUGCAAGAAUGGACGUAUAUGUUCGUGUGUUUGUAUGAAUAUAUAUGUGUGUGGAUGUGGAUGAGAAAGAGUGGGGUGUUCCCACCAACCUUUUGAAUGGGCCUCACCCACCACUGACAUGAACUGACUGGAAGGUUAGAGGCAGUGUGGACCUCAGGCUGAAAAAGGUUUCCCGCACCUGCCAUAGAUUCAUGCAGUCUGGCAUGGAUUUCUUCUCACUGUGAAAUUGCUGUUGGGCAACUUUUCCUGCAGUCACAGAGCCACAUGAGAGACUAUAUUGUGGCUCCUUUAUUGUUGGUCUUGUUUUUAUUUAGGGGGUCAUUGGUCUCCUCUAAAGAAAAAGCUGUUGGUGCUGGUCUAAUCCUUCCCUCCCUACAACAAAACAAAACCUAAAAAUGUGUAAGAUGUUUGAAAACUCCAAAGUGGAAGGAAGGCAUAUCACCCACCCUUAAUUUUUGUGAUGUUUUCAUUGCACAGGCAGCUCUCUUUGCGCUCCAGAAAUUGUUUGAGGAAGAGUAUGACCCCAGACCAUUGUUUGUAAGUAAUAGAACUGAAAGAGUAACCGCAUCUCUGUAAUUCAUUAGUUAAUGCUCAACCAUCUAAGAAAUGAACACUUUGUUUUACAAACUAUACGGUCUUGUAUGUUACCUUGCACUUCAAGGUUCCUUUCAUUAAAGUUCCCGACCUAUGUUCUAGAGCAUCAGUAUCCUCUUAUGAUAACUAUAAAUAAAUAUGCGUUGGCAUUUAGAAACCGCUUAAUAUUUAAAACGUCUCUUCAGCGGUAUACAAAAUAAGCAACAACAAUGUAAUUAAAAUAAAAAAUGCAACAUGGAGCCAGUAAAACAGUAUUAUAAAAACAAAAAUAGGAAUUCAGAGACUGUGAACAAAUAAAAGCAGGGUCCUAUCUUGCCGGCUGGAGAAAGCUGAGGCCAAAAAGGAGGUCACUGAAAGAUGUCUGAAGCAACUAAUGGUUACUUCUUCAUAUAUUGCAGAGAAAAGGGCCUUCCACAGUACAGCAGCAAUAGUGGAAAAGCUGUAGUUUCAGAAGCUAUACUACCUUUCCCCAUUUGGCUGUUCUUUGAGUUUAAAAUAUGUUAGUCAAAAUAUACUGCCAGGAACCCCUCUGGUUCUGCUGUGUAAAUAUAUAUGUAAAUGUGCAAACUUCUAGUGUGCAAUUCUGCACUCCGUGGUCACGGAGUGACUCUCACUGGACUCUGUCUUUCCGUGCCAUCUGCUGUCACGUUUGCUCUUCCAAGUGUGCUGAGAUUCUCCUGGGCAUACUUCAAUAGCAGCUGAAGGCCUCCUGUGUCUUUAACCAACAGCAUUUUUUUGCCAGCUCUUCCAUAUGGCCCCCAUGCACAACUGUCUGCUCCUGCUGGGAGAAGCCUGCGUGCCUGGGACAAGAGCGGACAGUAAAAUGUGCUGUUGAAUGGACCCUGCAGAUUGCAGCAUGCUGAGAAGGGCACACAUGGGAGCAGCUGGCAGGGGGGGGAGAAGUUUGUCAUAGAGUCCUGUGGGAAGCCUUCUGCCCACUGUGACAGGAAGGUGGGAAACAACCAUUGUGCUUCUCUUGUCACAUGAACGCCUUAUCACUUUGGACAGCUAUCCCUUGAGAUCCAAGCUGAGAUAGACCAUUGGGUUAACUUCCACUUAUUAUGUGGUUCAGCUACCACUACUUAUGUGGUUCAAAUAAUAUAUAUCUAACAUACUGGUUCACCCUAAUGUCUCUCAGUAUCUCAGAUACCAAAAGCUGUACUGUGGUUCUUAUUCAUUAGAAGCAUGCAUGAGAGCUUCCAUUAGAUCAGGGUGUUAGGAAAUGCAUCAGCCUGGUUCAGUAAAAGAUACCUUAUACCUCGGGUUAUAAGUGGUACCUCGGGUUAAGUACUUAAUUCGUUCCGGAGGUCCGUUCUUAACCUGAAACUGUUCUUAACCCGAAGCAUCACUUUAGCUAAUGAGGCCUCCCUCUGCCGUUGCACCACCACCGCACAAUUUCUGUUCUCAUCCUGAAGCAAAGUUCUUAACCCGAGGUACUAUUUCUGGGUUAGUGGAGUCUGUAACCUGAAGCGUAUGUAACCUGAAGCAUAUGUAACCCGAGGUACCAUUGUAUUUUGUCUGUCACACUUACAGCAUCUUAAGGCUGCAACAUGGAGGAGUUAUAAUUGAUUGAACUACAGGUUUAUUGACUGCAUUCAUAUGUCAUGAUCCUAGUUUGCUUGCUUACUAUGUUUUAACAGCAUGCUGGGGCACAGGGCACAAUACUUUCUGGCUUGGAUGGUUGAAACAAAUUAGGAAGUCACAGUCUGAACCCAGAAUCGUGGUUUGUUUCUGCCUAAUAAGCCAGGAUCACUAGCAUGCCAUAAACUAUUUCUUAUUGUUGGCUUGCGACUCUUGGCUUGUUGGAGAAAAACCAUCCUCAGUUCAGUAGUCAUGGGAAACCCAGCUUAAUUGUGUCUUCCUAGUUUAUUCCCCCUACUUGUGCCAGGAGAGGAGCGAAGUAGGAAUGAUGUGCACCAGCAUGCUGCUUGUACCCAAUAAACCAUAAUAAGCCAGCAACCCUGGGUUAUUGUGACGUGCAGAUGUGACCAUCAUGUAAUUAAAAAGGCUAGUAUUUUGCAGUUAUGUUGCUGCUAGCAUCAGUUGUGUAAUACAUUAUUGUUUCCAUGGAAAUCCUUUGUGGUUUUGAAGAUUGUUCCAUAAUGAGAACAUUGGAACCAUCAGAUUCUAGUUAUAGGCAACGUUGGAAGCAUAGUAUUAAAUAAGGGAAGGGUUGAGGACCUGUGGUGUUCAAAAGAAUGUGAAAAUGAAUGCCUCAAAUGCCAAAUUAUACGGUUAUGGGGGAGGAGGAGGAGGUUUUUUCUUCCUUUCUUUGCCUUGGUAUAGAAUAGGUGAGUAUUCCUCUUAAAGGAGGGGUGGGAAGCUGAUCGUCUGAGCAGAAUCUCAAAAAUCUGGUUAAUUUUUUAGCAUAUUUGUGUUCUCUGUACAAUUUCCUAAUAUCCCAAGUGCAAAUUCAGAUAAAAGUUUCUUCCUCCCUCCCUUCCUUUGUCUUCAAAUGGAGAAGGGAGCUAUUCAUUUACAGAUCAAUCUUUGUGACAGCUAAAACAUUGUUUGCAGAGGUUGUUGCACAGAACCUUCAUCAUUCUGAUUGCCUCUUGUUAAUUUUUAACCAGGCAUUGUUCAUUUCAGAUCUGCUGUUGCAGCCGUCUUCAUACAAGUUUUUUUUUUUUGUCUCUCUCGCUGCUUCCCUUGUGGUGUUUAGGUAUCGGGAACCAUUGUCGAUAAAAGCGGCCGUACUCUCUCUGGCCAGACUGGGGAAGCUUUCGUCAUCAGUAUAUCUCACUGUGACCCACUUUGGUGAGAGAAGUAAAUUUACUUACAAUAAAGCUAUUCAGUAUUGAUAGGCUCUGUGCCAGUUUUUCUAAAAUCGAUUCAGAUGAAUGGGGGUUGCGGUAGGAUUGUGCGGACAAUGUUUGGACCCCAGUCUAAUGUAUCCAUCUGUUCUGCUUUUCAAAGCACUGAUUUUCAAAUUGUAUAGACAGCCUCCUUAGGGACAUGUAGACCUAAGUCACUCACAGCUCUCUCCUGGUGUGCAUCUUGAUGGGCAGGAGGCAGAGCAUCAACCUAUUUCCUGCCCUUGCCAAUCUGUUGUCCACUUCUUGCUGUCAUUGCAUAUUGGCAGUCCUUGGCCCUCAGUGACCUUCAAUGCAUCCCAUUUUGGAUUGUCAAGCCAGCCUUUCCCUCUCCUCUGCCAAAUCUCUCCACCUACUGAGUUUUUUUAGCCUGUCAUGCCAUUGUGAUGUGGAGGACGGCAUGCAGGGAGGGUCAUCCCUACUCUUCUUUCUCCCCAUAUAAAUCAUGCUGCAUCCAGCCUGCCAAAUAGCUGUUUGCUGGGCUAGGUGGAAGUGUGAGAUGGUUGUGGAGGAUGAACGUGUAGGCAGGUCACUCCCAUGUGUCGUUCUCCAUUUGUAAAUCGUGUGAGUGUGAGUAUGUGACCCGCUCUGACCACAUCUGCUGACAUGGGGCUUCCAACUGCCCACCUACUGCCCCGUGUAUGUCUCUUGGGGGCAAAAUGUUUGUUCAUUCCUUCCGCCAGUGCUUUGGACCAAUGCACUGAUUUGUUGUUGUUUUUUAAGUGCAACCUUUUAUAACUUCCAGUGGGAAUUACAGAAAAGGACUAGGUACACGAUGCACAGUGAGAAUAUAAGCAUUCUUGAGUCAUUUUGGGGCUUGCCUUCCUCCUUACCUUACUCUUGCCACCCUGGAGCUUCAGGGAGAUCACCAGAUGAGGCUUGUAGAGACAGACAGAGACAGAUGGUGGUGAAAUGACGCAGAGAGAAAUUCAGCAGCUUAAGGUGAAAAAGGAGCCUGAGCCAAAGAGAAAGAAGGCGGAAGCUUAUAAAUCAACCAUGACUUAGCAGCAUAGAGUGAAAUUGUAUUUAUCUGUGGUUUGAUAAGGAUGACAGCAUUAGCUAUCCUUAUCUGUGCUCCAGCAUUUGUUGAGUAAUGGGUCUAUAAGUUAAAUUCAGGGGUUGUUUUUUGUGUGUUUUGUUUUAAAUGGCCUCCCUUUCUUGUUCAUUUUUCUCUUUUUUUGGACAGCCUUUCUAAACAAUGUUAUAAGUGUGUGUGUGUGUGUGUGUGCGCGCACACACACACAGCUGUGUGGAGACCUAUUUUACAAGUAAUUGUAUAAAACCUCUUUUUAAACUAUUUGAUUAGUUUAAAAUAUGUCAGCUGUUUGCUUGUGGGUCAAGCCAAAGAGGUCAGAAAUGUUGUUAGUGAUCUUGCUAUGCUGAUAACCACAUAGAUCCUCUUAUCUUGGACAGUGUGGGCUGAAGAAGCUUCCACCUGUUGCAGAGAAGCUACUGCAGAGCUUCCAGAAGAAGGUACUAGCCAGGUCCAGAAUCAGAUGUGCCUAGCUUCAGAGAAGGAACUAUACUGGGCAUCUUUAGACGAGGGUGGUCUCUGGUGCUCAAAGACAUCAUAAUGCCUUACUGGGAAAGAGGAAUGAGUAUGCUAACACUGCAGGGAGCUAUUCAUUUGGCACACACACCUCAGGAUUCUUAUUUACUGUUGGUUCCUUCCAGCGUGGCCCCAGGAAGGAUUUUGCUGUUGUUGUUGGCUUUCAGGACAGAAAAGAUGCUUGUUAGUGGAAGAGUUUACAUAUUGCAUAUCUGAACUCCUGAAUUUGAACUCCAGAAUCUUGGGUAGCAAGUAUUCAAUAAUUUCUCUGUUUGUGGUCUCCAGUAACCCUUCCGCUUUAAGCUGAAAACUCUUCUAUUCCAUUAAGCUUAAAGGUAAAGGUAAAGGUAUCCCUGCCCGUAAGGGCCAGUCGUGUCCGACUCUAGGGUUGUGCGCCCAUCUCAUUUAAGAGGCCGAGGGCCAGCGCUGUCCAGAGACACUUCCGGGUCACGUGGCCAGCGUGACGAAGCUGCUCUGGCGAGCUGGCACCAGCGCAGCACAUGGAAACGCCGUUUACCUUCCCGCUAUUAAGCGGUACCUAUUUAUCUACUUGCACUUAGGGUGCUUUCGAACUGCUAGGUGGGCAGGAGCUGGGACCGAAAGACGGGAGCUCACCCCGCUGCGGGGAUUCGAACCACCGACCAUACGAUCGGCAAGCCCUAGGCACUGUGGUUUUACCCACAGCGCCACCCGCGUCCCUACACCAUUAAGCUUAGGCAGGCAAUUAAGAAUACACCUUUCAAUAAUAGUUAGCUGAUUUCUGAUUUUAACUUUUUUUUUAUAUGGACUUUCUUGUAGUCUUAUGUAUAAUAGUAAACAGCUCUGAUUUUUUUAAUGAAUAGCAGUUUAUAAACAUUUCAGUAAACAAACAAACAUAUUGCCACUCAUGGGCUAGAUGCACAAUUUGUCAGACUUACGAGCUUGUUGUUUUCAUCAUUAAUCUUUUCAGAGUUUCCUGGCAAGAGGAAUUGAUUGUUAAACCACUCUGAGAAUUGUAGUUCUGUGAGGGGAAUAGCGGUCUAAUAAGAACUCUCAGCAACUAUAAUAAACUACAAUUACCAGGAUUAUUUAGGGGAAGCAAGGACUAUUUAAAGUGAUACAAUACUGUUUUAAACAUAAGGUUCAGAUGGGGCCUAAGAAUUUUUCUAGUUCUGGUGUUUGUACUUAAUUGUUGCGUUCCUGAAUUUGAUAGGAUGAAACAAAUGACCACAGGAAAAAUAUUUUUAUUCAACUGUAUUUGAGAUCUGAGGAGAGAACCUCUGCUUAGAAUUUGAGCUUAAGACCUGACUUUGUUCAUAUUUCUGAUGCAGAUAUUUACACUAAUAACCUGGUGAGAGGCUGCUGAGGCUCUUUCUGUGUAAAAAAUAAAAUAAAUCAGCCUCAAAAGAAUCAAAGGUGAAUAAUUCAAUUACACAAUCUUAACACUAUCCCUAGGCAUAUGAGGCAGGUGUACACUCAAGUUCUUCCCUGGUUUAAAAAUAUUAUCAAAAGCAGGAAAAUAACCAGGUAGGUGAUUUGAUAGCAGGCUUUUGUGACUUCAACCUCAUAUAUGUGGUGGUCUCAAGUGGUGUGGUCUCCAGCUACUGACCAGACAGACCUGCUUAGCUUCAGCAAGGUGGGUGCAUCAUGUGCCCUCAGAUCACAACCUGGGACUUUGUGGGUGUCUGAAUGGUUCUUUUUUUUUAACAGCAGUUUGUUUGUAACAAGCUAACAAACUAGUAUUUUCAGUGGGGUUUUUUUUUGUGUCUCAAUCAAAACAAAUAAUAUAUCUACAUACAUACCUAUAAUCUAUAUUGGUCUUUCUAGCAUCGGACUAAACUGUGCCUUGGGGGCAGUGGAAAUGAGGCCCUUCAUUGAAACUAUUGGGAAGUGUACAACAGCCUACAUUAUUUGCUAUCCCAAUGCAGGUAUGGACAGAUUUGUGGGAAUUUUCUGUUUUUGCUUAUCAUUAAGUGAUAAAUCUUGUAAAUCAACAUGAUGUGCAUUUCUAACACAGCUGCAACAGCAUACUUCAUAAUUAUGUUAUCUGCAGUCAACUUAAUUGUUAUGCAAAUGAAGCUGCAUGAUAAAACCCUGCCAAAUUCAAGACAAUUAUUAUGGUUUGAACAUGUGGAAGCACCCUUGGAGGGGGCCUGGUUGAUACCUUUCUGUCUCUCCACUGUCUGGUUACGUCUUGAUGGGAUAGAUGAGCAGUGGCUGUGUCUUAGCUGUAUGAAGACUAGGUGCUAUUAGACUGUCCAUUAUGUAGCCAAAUUCUUCAUACAUCUUUCCAUUUAGGAAAUCUAGAUUAUAGGCAAGGCGCAAAAUGGGAUACAGUGAUACAUUUGAAGGUUGUAAAUCGGAGCUCACACAGAGUGAAAACUCUUGCCUGGCAAUUUGUUUAUCCCUGCUCUUUAUUUAUUUUAGAGUCUUUCUUACUCUGCUUCUCAGCUGAAGAGAUCCCCAGAGUAGUUUACUUAAAAUAAAGACAGACCCUGCCUGCUGACUUGCAAUCCAAACCACAUGACACAAAAGGAGAAAGAGAUGUAGAGGGAAGAGGGGGCAAAACAAACUGGCACCAGUUCUUAAAAUUAAAGUUUUGUGGGGUUUUUUUGCAAUGACCAACUGGAAUGGAAACCAUUCAGGGACAGAAGAAGCUGGUCUUAAAGCGGAACUGAUGGAAUGCCCCCCCCCUUUUCCACCACUACUACAUGUGUGUGCAUCCCCUUAUAAAAACUAUCCUGGAUCCUUUUGAAUAAGCAUUGCAGACAAGCUCAGGGGCAUAGAUGAGCAGCUCUAGGAAUUUUCUUCUACAGAAGAGACCUGAUGUGAUUUAGGACUUACGAAUGGAUUUUCUAUAUAUUGCCCUUGUAUCCACGGUAGAUUAGGCUGGGAUACCGUGACUGGCACAAGGUUCCCCAGUGAAAUUCAUAUAUAUAUAUAUAUAUAUAUAUAUAUAUAUAUAUAUAUAUAUAUAUUCAAAUACAAAACAAAAUUAUACACGCCAUACAUCUUAGUUACAUCUUAUUUCUCUUUUUUCAACUUCCCUCAACUUGUCUGCGAAUCCUUCAUAUUUUAACUUUAAACACAUUUCUAUUUUAUUGUUUAUAUUAUUACUGUGAACUUCAUCCCAUUUUAAUACUUAUUUCCCAUCACAAUGCUUCAUUAAAACUUACAAACGUAAUCUGAUUAUCACUUAAUUUUUGCAAAUAUUCAAUAAAUUUUUCCCAAUCUUCUGUGAAUCUUUGAUCUUGUCGGUUUCGGAUCCUUCCUGUCAUUCUGUCCAAUUCUGCGUAGUCUAUCAUUUUUGUGGUUCCCCAGUGAAAUUCACGGUUGUGUGGAUUUGCCUGUUCUAUUUUGACACGCUGGUUCUUUUUAAUAUAUCAGCCAACCAAGAUUUAUGUCCUGCUUUUUUAUAAAAUAUCCAAGGUAGCACAAUCAGUAUUAAAAUAGUCUGCCCCAUACUGGCUCCAGUUUGUAUAUGGUUUAUCCAAGAUCUUUGUUUCUCUAUGUUUGUGUGUGUAUGAGCACUGGAGAGUAUGAUGUCAGCAGCCAGAACUGGAAAAUGGAGUAUAAUGUUGCUCAGAAUAGGGACCCUAUUUCUACUUCGCCUUGCCAGUAUCUGAAUGGAAGUGACUUCGGUCCAGAAGCUCAUGACAGAUAUUAAACCUCCAAGUGAGGCAGAUUUAUGAUCAAAAGAGCCUUGAUAAAAACUCUUGAUGGUAGGUUAAGUGAGCUGAUAUGAGUAACCAUUUUGAGCCCGGUCUUGUAAUGCUUCCUUGGUAUUGUGAUGUCUUCCACUGAAGUCUGUAUGCUUGAAAUUUGAAGCGCUAAUUUUGAUGUAUAAUUGGUUACAUACUAUUAUUUUCUGCGGUAAGCAAACAUUUUCUGUGGAAAAAGAUGUGAAUGAAUCUUUGGAUGACACUUAAAUUGGUGCCUACCAUUUAAACACUGAAACAACUGCUUCUCCAUUCUGCUAAUGCAUUUGCUGAUGUUUUAGUAAAAAAGGACAUUUGUUUUUAGAAAGAAAGGGAGGGAAAACCUGGAAAUAAUAAAUAACCUUGAAAAGCUAAUAUUUUAAAGCUAAGGCAGGUUGUUGCCUGGGAAAAUCUAAUUAAGAAAAGACUAAUGAGUUUUUUAUUUAUUAGCAAUGUAGCACAUACUCAUUAAUCCCAUUGAAAACUACAGCUGCAGUGAUGUUUUUUUUCUUUCUAAGCAGAUCAAAGCUUUAGAAGUUAAGACCUUUUACCAAACCUCUCAGAAGAAAAACUUCCCAAGAUUUAUGUAUAUGGAUGUGCCAGAUGCAUAUGGAUGUGUGUUAUCGAGCAAAUUAUAAAUUGUAUUAUCCAGCUGAAAUAAUAAAUGGAAACAAAACUCCCCUAUAGUUACCUAUAGAUCACGUGAAAAGUUACGUAUAGAUCACGUGAGGUUCAAGCACUUUCUUAUAUUUCUUCAGGUCUUCCUAACACCUUUGGUGGUUAUGAUGAAACACCUGAAGUGACUGCCAAGCACCUAAAGGUAGGGGAUAAUAUUUAUUGUGUGUGUAUUUCUUCCAAAUGUAGAGGGGAAAAAUAUUUGCAUGUAAAUCAAAGCCUGUAUUUGUCUACUGAGAAGUAAGUAAUAUAGUGUUCGAUGGGGCUUACUCAUAGGUAAAUAAAUUUUAUAGGAUUGCAGCCUUAUGGAAUGGGGCUGCUGGUUCAGGAUCUCAAGUUUGUCCCUGUUGAUCUCAGAUUACGGAAGACAUGUUGGUAGACAUGUGGACUCACAAGAAGGACAGAUGGAAAUGGUUUAUAGGAGCCUCACAUGACCCAGACAGCUGCUUUAUAAUAGCAUUGUGGGGCUUUGCUUUGAUUGUGCUGAAGGAUAUGGGCUGUGUAAAAGACAAGGAGGUACCUAUGCAAAGAGUGACUUGGUUCAGGAUAGCGUUGCCAGUGUAGUAAUUCAUCUCCAAUCCUGAAGUGCUACAUUGGUGACUAGGAAGGAAGUAGAUCUCUUAAGCAAGCAGAACUUGAGGCAGGCUUCCCAGAAAUCAUAUAGAUCUAUAUUUCAAACACACACUUGGGGGGGGGGGAGGGUGAAUGAAACUGUGAAGAUGAGAAAAUUCUUUCCAAAUGUGGUUGCGUGGGCAGCUCCAGCUAUAUUCUUGUUAGCUAGCAGGAAUCAGUUGAAGGUCCUACUGCACUAAUUGGGCUCAUACCAGUAAUAUGUGACAUGCUACUUUUAUAUUACUGUUAAUUCAUCCCCACCAGCUCCCCUAGUUCAAUUAUAUCUAAAUACUGUUUUUCCUUAUCUGCAGGAUUUUGCCUUAGAUGGUUUGGUGAACAUAGUAGGUGGCUGCUGUGGAACCACUCCAGCGCAUAUCCGGUAACUUGAUAUAUUAACAUCAGCUUCAGCCAUCUAUGCAGACAACCAAAGAAGCUGUUUGGAGGGUGGGGUAGUGGGUUGCUGCACAGUUUAGGGGUCCUAGACACAUUCCAGGUUUGCUGGAAAAUGAAGGAAAGCUGAUUCUGUUUUCCUCACAUAGCAACCACCACAAUGGUGUGUUUAUUAUGUGCAAAUCAGCUUUGGGAUAUCCCUGGCUGAGCACUUCGUCAAUAGUGGUCACUGCAUACCUUGUGGUUGCCCUGAUAAAAAGGUGGCUUGGAUAGACUAGUCACAGCUAGCAGGCAUGUCCUUGGAAGGCUAUUCGCCAAGUGUGUUGGUGACAGCAACUACUAUGUAUAUCAGCAAGUUCCUUCAUGGGGCCUCUUGCAGAGGAAUCUUCUGAUGGACUGGCCCAUGUCUUUGGUUCUGAUCAAUGUUGUACAUUGUGUCUACCCUGAUCUGGGCUAAUCUGGAAUUUGUGUGGAGGUUCAUGAGGCACUGAGGUUUCUUCAUGCAGUCCACCUGAUGGGUGGAUCGGGGAAAUCAUCAACGUAUGAGGGAUCUAGGGGUAGGGAAUGUGUGGCCCUCUAGAUGUUGUUAGACUACAACUCUCAACAAUGCUGACCAUUGGUUAUGCUGGCUGGGGCUGAUAGGAGUUGGAGCCCAACAACAUCUGGAGGGUCACACAUUCGUGAUUCAUGUUCUAAGAAGAGGAACAGCCCCCAGAUAUAUUCCAGAACCAGGAGUUUCAGGCUGCAGAUGUGUGGUGACAACCAUUUUGGGGAAAUUUACAUUCAUUGUCCUUCAGGCUAAGCAAUCUUUUUCUUUCCCCUUCGGGAUUUAAAGGACUUGUGCGCCAAUUGCAGAAAAUGUUGAUUGAAUGAUGCAUGAAAACCACUGCUAAUUAAGUUAAUUAAAUUAAAUAUUUGUUCAGCUAUAGCUACUUUGGUAAAAUGUUUUUCAGCAAUCUCCUUAUAAAGUUAAUUGGAAAACCUCUCUAUUUCUUCCCUGAUGGCAAGAGUUUAGCCAUCUUUCUCUUGUAAUAAAAAGUGAUGGAGCUGAAUUUUAAGGCUUCAUGAGGAAAUGGGAGGUAGUACGUGAGGCAGUACUUGAGGUCAUAAGUGACCACAAGCAUUUUGUAUUACUGUGUAUGCCUGGAUUCUCAUAGGAUGUCAAUAAAAUUAAAAUAUGGUGGAAAACUGAAGAGAAUGGGUGUUAAUGCAGGGCACAUAGCUUUUCAUUGUUAAUAACUUCUGCCUGAUUAAGAGCCAGCUUACAUAAUCAUUUUAUCUGGAGCAGUUAACUUCUGAAUGUCAGGUAUUGCAAGCAAUGCCUUCUUGUCACGAAAAUUAAUUAUACAGGCAAUUUUGGGCACUCUUCAGUAUUUCUUGGGUGGUGUUCAAAGGUUAGUAUGUUAAUUACUAUUUUUACUAAGAGUUGCAUUAUCUAUCUAUCUAUCUAUCUAUCUAGUACAUUCCUGUGAGCUCCUUAGAGGAGAAGUGAGAGGGGACUGUAAUAAGCAAAUAUGUAUUGGUCUCUUAACAUGUUCCAGUUGAACAUAAUCCAUACUUGUAUAGCCCUGAGCUGCUGUUUUGUGUUUUGCUGUUUUGUAAUGCAGGGCGAUAGCUGAAGCAGUAAAGACAUGCAAGCCUCGCAUUCCUACCUCCUCUUUUUCAGAAGGCUACAUGCUGCUCUCAGGUGAGAAAGACUGAUGUAUCCAGCUGCCCUGAUUUGCAUUCUGUUAAAGUAUAUUUUAGAAUGCCUCUAUUUGCUGAUUUACCUUGAGAUAUCUAUAUUUUACUGGGAAUGCAUAUGUCAUUUAUGUCGUUAUAGACUAGCUAUUAAAUUGAGAGGGUUUACAAAACCAAGAGAGAGGGAUGGAUGGAUGUAGUUAGAUAAUGUCUGACCACUGUAAUCAAUGGGUUGGUAAACUUAAGGCUGGAUUAGUUCAAUGCACUCUAUGUGGGGCUAUCUUUGGACCUACUCUGGAAGCUGCUGUUUGUGCAGAAUGCAGCAGCCAAACUGCUGAUGGGGGCACAUGGCUGACAACAUGCAACAGCAUUGUUAGAACAUCAACUCUGGCUGUCCAUUUACUACCACGCCGGGCUUAGCAUAGGGACCACUUGAGCCCUUGUAUGCCAGCUUGACCACUGAGAUCACAUGUAGGAGCGUCAUUUUCUGACCCCUGAGUUGGAGAGGCUCAUUUGCUAUUGGCACAAAACCCAAGCCCUAAUUGCCAUUGGCCCAGUCCUGUGGAGUGCUUUGUCGUGCUUUGUCGAUAGCGAUUCAACAGGCACCUUCUGUUUCAGUCUUCAAACUAUUUGUUGAAAACCUUUCUAUGCUGCCAAGCUUAUGCAGACAAUUAUGAAAACAUUGUCUGUAAUAGUUAGCAGAUGACCUGUGAUUUUAACUUUUUAUGUGGUCUUUAUAUAACUGUUGUAUACCGCUAUUUCAUUUUAAAAAAAUCAAAAUACAUUACAAGUAUUUUUUAUCAAUAAAUAGUAAACUUUGGUACACUAGUCAUACCGUGUUCUGUAGUUACAAGGGGAAUUAGUGCUUUUUCCCAUCCAUGUAGAGGACAGAGUUGUUUCAUUAGUCGCAUAAAUAUAAAGAAGAGUACAGGCAACCCUCCGUUCAUGUGCGGGUUACAUUCUGGGUCACCAUGCAUGUGUCAGCCUGCCCUGUUCCACCCUCUUCUGGUGCUCAACACAGCAUGCAUGUGCAUGGUUGCAUAUGCAUCAAACGCUCGGAAAAUGGGAGUUGCCUGUAUAUUCUUGUAAGUCUAAAGCAUAGCUCAUUAGGCUUUGCAUAUGAGCUACAUCUGCUAUACAGGGGCUUUAUGUGAAUUGAGAGUAGGUUGUAUGUUCUGCUUUUUAACCUGUGUUGAUUGUUGUCGUUGUUUUUUCCUUUCAAGGCUUGGAACCCUUCAGGAUUGGGCAGUACACCAACUUUGUGAACAUUGGUGAACGCUGCAAUGUUGCAGGAUCACGGAGGUUUGCCAAACUCAUCAUGGCCGGCAAUUAUGAAGUAAGCAUUCAACUUAGUUUGUCUCUGACUUACCAUAUUUUAAGAGUUUGCAUAUUCAGUCUGUAGUAGAUAAGUUAUCGGCAGGGAACUUUUUUUCCAUGCAGUUGGUGGAAGUGUACUAAUUUGGUUCAGCAUGAAAAAAAGUGUCGAGGCACUUCUCUUGUAAAGGUGAAAGGCCUAGCAUGGAAGCAUUUUUUGUUAAUAGGCAUCACAGUGCUCAAGCAUUUGAAUUUCUUCAUCUGUGCUUGGACAGCUGAAAGAGAGAAGUGGAGUCAUGAAUUCCUGACUUCCACACAGGUUCCACACUGUUGCUUCUGCCUGCAGGGUUUCUGAAUUGAUACAUUACUAGGGCAGUGUGGGAAUAAGUUGCAGGAAAGAAGCUUCCAAACUCCUAUGGUUAUGUGCAAAUGGGGCUCUGUUUCGGCCCAAGAAACUAAUUUCAGUCCAAUAUGCUGUGUGAAGCCAAACCCUUAACAAAGAGAAGAGGAAUCUGCGUAAGACAAGAGAGGAUGGGAGAUGUUUAUAUUAAUGUUUUGUUUUAAGGGAGUGGGGAUCUGUUUGAUGUAAUUCAGAAUUGGAGAUGAUCACCAACAAAGAGGAAUAUAAAAAGGACUCACUAAUGCUAGGCCCAACUUAGGCAUUUACUAUAUUUUUUACAAAUAUAUAUAUAUAUAUUUUGUGAUCCCUUUUUAGGAUGCCCUGAGUGUAGCCAAGGCCCAGGUUGAGAUGGGAGCCCAAAUUUUGGAUCUCAAUAUGGACGACGGGAUGCUAGAUGGGCCAUGUGCUAUGGCCAGAUUCUGCAACUUCAUUGCUUCAGAACCUGACAUUGCCAAGGUUGUAUGCACAACUUCUGAUGUCAGAUUAAAACAGAUGUUCUUUCAGAUAGAGCUGCAAAUUGGGGGAGGGGCGUAUACAGUAUUAGGAAUAAUCUUUUAAUUCUACAGACAGUAUUUAGUGACUGCAUUUCUACCGACUUGUCACUUUCCUGAAAGUUCAUCCUAUGGCACUGCAGUAAUGCUAGAGGUCCCACCAAGAUGUACAAGGGUUCUCAGCCACUCAAACGUUACCCCUGAUCCUAGCAAGGUGACCAUGGUGUGGUCAGAGCCUGUGCAAUUCGCUCUGCUCAUGUGGUGAUGCAGAGUACCUAAAUGUUGCAGUAAUGCUGUGGGAUGAGCCCAUGCAGAAAAACAGCUCCCGUAUUGCAAGGAAACAUUUCGAAGUGCUGGGUUAUUAAUGGCGGGGAGGAUUAUUGCUUUUCUUCUUUUGAAGGACUGCAACAGUUUGAAAUGCAGAUGGCUCACCAUGAAGAUUCAGUUGUACCUAGGAAGUUGAACAGAAUUCGUUCCGGAAAUCUGUUCAACCUCCAAAACGUUCAGAAACCAAAGUGUGGCUUCUCACUGGCUGCAAGAACCUCCUGCAGCCAAUCGGAAGCCCUGUCAGACGUUCGGGUUCCAAAGAACGUUUGCAAACUGGAACACUCACUUCCGGGUUUGUGGUGUUCAGGAGCCAAAACGUUCGACUUGCAAGGCAUUCGGGAUCCAAGGUACUACAUAAAUGAAAAGCAAAGUGUUAUGUUCAAACCUAAAACUCUAGCUAGUCUGAUCUAUGGUUUAGUGCAGGGGUCUGCAACCUUUAAGACAAAAAGAGCCACUUGGACCCGUUUCCGAAGAAAAAAAACUGGGAGCCACAAAACCAUUGCGACAUUUAAAACAAAUAUAACACUGCAUAUAUUGUUUCUUACCUUAAUCUGACAGCGGGCGGGAAGGUGACGUCGGGACGGUGCGUGACUAACGCACACACCGCCCCCAUGCGACGUCACAGCCAGUCCAGCGCCCGCCACAGUGGGAAGUGUCGGGGCGCACAAUGCGCCUCCUCCCCUUGCUAGUAUCCGCCCCGGAGCCGCGGCAAAGGUGUAAAAGAGCCACAUGCGGCUCCGGAGCCGCGGGUUGCAGACCCCUGGUUUAGGGGAAACAAAGUGGGAUGAUAAACCACACUGUUGGCAGUUGCUUGCAAGUUCCUUCGUGUUUCUUUUAACUUUGGAUUUUUAACAUUAUUUUUUAUAUGCAUAACUACAUAACAGGUUAGAAAACAUCAACACUGUUGUGACAUUUUCCUGUUGAUGUUUUAGUUGUUGACAAAGAAAAAAGUAGCUACUUAGCUAUGCUAACUUGUAAAUUUGCACUCCCCGGUAUCAGGUGCCACUCUGUAUCGAUUCUUCAAAUUUCGCAGUGAUAGAGGCUGGGUUGAAGUGUUGCCAAGGUAAAUGCAUAGUGAAUAGCAUCAGUUUGAAGGAAGGCGAAGAAGACUUCCUGGCAAAAGCGAGAAAGAUAAAGAGAUAUGGUGCAGCUGUGGUGGUUAUGGCUUUUGAUGAAGUGGGUCAGGUCAGUACCACUUGAACAUACCUUACUGGCUUUGAGGAAGGUCCCAUAAUAUUUUUGUUAUAUUCACAAUCCGGAGUAGUAAAGGAGCUGGGGGGGCAGCAUACAUAUCACACAUUUACUGCACACUGAAAGAGCACGUCUCCCCCCCCCAAAAAAAUAUUGGAACUGUCAUUUACUCCUCACAGAGCUGCAAUUCUUAAACUGCAGUUCCCAGGAAAGUGGGGGAAGUGAUGAGCUUUAAAUAUAUGGUAUGUAUGCCAUCUGGGAAUGAAACCAGCAGGAAAUGAGGAACUAACAGAAUAUGAUACACCCCUGAGUAACAGAAUUGAUAUAGGGGUGUUGAAAUUAUCAUCCACUCAGAUAAUAAGCUCAUUGGUGCCUUGGUGUAACUCAUGGAAAAUAAGAGAUUCACUGGUCAAACCUUGCAGACAGGAAACUUACCUUUCCUUCUCACUCCUCCCCCCCCCUUCCCCCUUUUCAGGCCACUGAAUCUGAUGAAAAAAUUGCAAUCUGCACCAGAGCCUACAACCUCCUAGUGAACAAAGUGGGCUUUAAUCCAAACGAUAUCAUUUUUGAUCCCAACAUUCUUACCAUUGGUACUGGAAUGGAGGAACACAAUCUGUAUGCAAUUAACUUUAUCAAUGCGACUAAAACCAUAAAAGUGAGUCUGGGGAGUUCUUUAACGGAGGGUGUGGUGGGGUUUGAUUAUUAUUAUUAUCUUUUAAAGUAUUGUGGUGGAGGGAGAAGGGGAGCACACCGGAAAAUAAGCAAUGGCCUGUGUGGAAUGAUGCAGCUCUCUUCGUACUGUACUAGCUCCUCAGCCCUGCUUCGGAUAGCAAAGAUAUUAUAAAUUAUAUAUCAGUCUAAAAAUAUCCCAGACAAUUAUCUGUAGUGUAAAUAUACUUAUAGUAAUUAAAUGGGGCAAUUUUAGCAAAAUGUUGGCAGAUUAGCCAAAAGGUCUUUGACAAGCUACGUGAAAGCUGCCUCAUUUAAUUAGCACAAGCUCCAUUAUUGCAGUGUAUUCUGUCUCUAGUUUGAUUGUACUCUGAACAGGAUCUCCUUCAAAUACUUUAUUACAAAUGCGCGUGUGCGUAUGUUACCUGUAAAUAAAGGGCAAAAAUAUAGUAAUUACCUAUUACCAUCUUUAUUGGUGUGGAUUUAUAACGCACCUUCUUUCUAAAGCUGAGGGGGGAUAAAAGCAAGGAUAAUAAUUCCUUUACUUAUCUCUGCACCACCCCUGUGAGGUAGGCCAAUGUUAUGAUUUGACAGAUCCUGAUAUACGACAAAGGAGUAUGAUCUCCCAAAAAGGCAACCACUGUUACUAUUAUUUAUUUGAUUUAUCUCACCCUUCCUUCUGAAGGAGCUCAGGUUGGCCAGCUUGUGCUUCACAAGCAACAAUGGCUGGGUAGAAAUUCUUUGCAAUAUAAACGCACACAGUAACUUGUGGUGUAGUGGUUAAGAGCGGUGGACUCGUAAUCUGGUGAACCGGGUUCGAUUCCUCGCUCCUGCACAUGCAGCUGCUGGGUGACCUUGGGCUAGUCACACUUCUCUGAAGUCUCUCAGCCCCACCCAUCUCACAGGGGUUUGUUGUGGGGGAGGAAGGGAAAGGAGAAUGUUAGCCGCUUUGAGACUCCUUCGGGUAGUGAUAAAGCGGGAUAUCAAAUCCAAACUACUACUACUACUAUUCUUCUUCUUCUUCUUCUUCUUCAUGUUCAUAUAAAUAGCUCUGUUUGCAUGUGCUAGUAAGCUAAUUGCAGCUCCUCUGCAGGCACAUGUGCAGUGAUUUCCAUCUAUGUAUGAUAGCAUGUUGGGAUCUCUGUCCCUCUGUCUCUGCAGCCUGUGAAUUAAUCAUCUUAGGAAUUUUGUAGUGAAGGAGCCUUGAGAUGGGACUCUUAACUCAUAUUUCCUCUGUCUAGUUACAGUCUUCUAUCUACUGGAUUAAUAUUUCUCAUAGUCAUGCAGAUACAUCUGGCUCUAAUAUGGCCAUUUAAAGUCAGAGGUGAAAUUCCUUAGUUUAAUGAAUGUAAGGUUAACUUAAGGGAAAUAAAUGAGCAAGUUAUCUAUGGUAAUCUGUAGACUGACCUGCUCCUGUUUUCAAGGAUUUUCACACCUUAUCCAUGAGGAAUAGCAAAUAGAAUGUUAAAAUAAUCCAAGUAGGACAAUGCAUAGCCUUGAAUGUGGGAUAGGCUAUGUUUUGAGAGAAACCUUGCCUGGAGUGAUAGCUGUUUUUCACCUGCUGUUUCUAUGGUGCCCAGACACUGCUGUGUGCCUGGGUAGCUUACUGUCCUUUAGACCACAAAGAUGUGCUUCAUGAAUUCACUGAUGGCCCUUAGGCCUCUUGUAUGAAAAUAGGUUUUUAUCAUGAGCUUGCUGCUUAUCCUAUUGUUGUCAGGAAACUCUGCCUGGAGCCAAAAUAAGUGGAGGCCUUUCCAAUCUGUCUUUUUCCUUUCGGGGAAUGGAAGCUAUUCGAGAAGCGAUGCAUGGAGUUUUUCUGUACCAUGCCAUUAAGGUAAUGCGAGCAUUUUGACAAAACAGCUUCUGAUCAGAAUGCAUAUCUUGUAGUGUUCAUUAUCUUCCCUCUCCUAUUCCUGUAUCGUCAGUAUGGAUUGGACAUGGGGAUUGUGAAUGCGGGAAACUUGCCUGUGUAUGAUGAUAUCCACAAGGAGCUGUUGCAGUUGUGUGAAGAUUUGAUUUGGAAUAAGGAUCCAGAGGCCACAGAGAAGCUUCUGCGUUACGCCCAGGUAAUUUUUAUAUUUUGCCUUCUUUCUUUUUUAAAAUGCAAGCCGUGGCAUUCAAACAUUGAACCUUGGGGAUUUUUUAAAAAAAUGCUUUAUGUAUUUGUCUUCCUUGGUGAGUGGUGCAAUUUUUCUGCCAAGAUGCAAAAUCACAUUGGGAGGUGGGGGUGGGGGGAAUAUUCUGAGGGCACAUGAUAAUGUUAUAUGUCAAAGAUAAGCAGGUCUGAGCCUGGAAGGAGAGUUGUCUGGCAGCCCUGUGGAAAUUUUUCCAAAGGAAGAGCGAGAUAUAAGCAUAGCAAGAAAUACCUAGAGAAAAUCAUAUUUGAUAAUUACUCAGUCUCUGUGUUCUGCGUUCACUGUUAUAUUAAAGCAUACUGUUUUAAUAUGCAAGUGUAUACAUGCUUGUUUAUAGUACAUUCAAUGUUAUUAAGAACCAAGGUAUACAUUCUGAAGAAUCUCAAUGUCUAGCCCAUAGUGACAAUACCAUUUCAGAAUGCUGUGUGUGUGUGUAUGUGCUCGCAAAUAUGAUUUGAAUAUUACCCUAAGUAAUACUAUGCCUUUUUCUUCUAACUUUCUAAACUAGUAUCUGUUUCCUUGAUAGUAUAGCUACCCACAGGCAGGGAGGUUUUGAGCAUUCAAUCAUGCAAUUUCCCCACAUCAUUCUCAAGUGGUAUAGACUCAGGAAGACUAUACCAUAGGAUUCUUCUGAACAUGUGUUUUGAUGUAAAUAUUUUGUAGCUUGUUAAAUGAGCAUUCCCCCCACCCAAGGCAAGAAUAAUUAUGCUUAGAAGCUCUCAAAGGAGGGAAUAAAAUUACUGUUCCUUUGGUGAACCCCAGCCUAUUUAAUGAGAAAACAGCUCAGACUUCUUCCAAGCUGCUUUUUCUCCUGUUAGAAAUGUGCCUGGAGUUUUGGACACUAUAAAGACCCUAAUUUCUGCCGUCUAUAAGGGGAACAGUUUCAGUUCCCCUCAGUCCAGCCUAAGACGGCUGAUAGAGAUUUCUAAUAUAUAUGUUAAUGGGCUCUGGACUGGCAAUGACUGGCCCAGCAAUGAGGCUUUGGGAGUUGCGGUGAAUAGCUCAAUGGAGAUGUUGACCCAGUGUGUGGCAGCUGUGAAAACGGCAACGUCCAUGUUAGGGAUAAAUAGGAAACUUACUGAAAAUAAAACGGCUGAUACCAUAAUGCCAUUACAGUAUACAAAUCUAUGUUGGGACCUCACUUGGCAUAUUGUGUACGUUCUGAUCGCCUCACCUCAAAAUGGAUAUUACAGAACUUGAAAGGCUCACAACAGGCAACCAGGAUGAUUAAGGGGGUUGGAGUAACUCCCGAAUGAGGAGUGUCAUUGUGGGCCCAUCUAGCCACAACAGGUUGUACCCCUCUCUUGUACCCUGCCUCCCCUCUCCGCCCCGUUUGAAGUACUUGCUGCCACCAAACAGCCUCCCAAAGUUCCCUGGGUUCUCUCUGAAGGUGCCUUAGGUAAUGUGAGGUAGAAGGGGAUUUAGAAUGAGGUGCUUUCUUAAGCUGAUGAAGUACAGAUUUUGAUUCAUUAGUGAUCCAUUACGUGACAGAACAUAAACUAUAGCCAACAGGAACUGUACCAAAGCCAAAUUAAUUUGUUAGGUUAUUGAAAUAAAACUGUUAGGUCGGCCAGGGAUAAAGUUAAUUUAAAUUAAAUUCCCAGAAAUAAAAAUCCAAAACUUCAGUCCUUGAGGCAUCUCUUUUUCUAUUGAUGAGCCAGUUAUGGUUCGAUGCCUUGCCUCUUCAGAAGGAAAUACCUUUAAAUGGUUAGUGUAAAGCAAUCUUUAGCCUUGUCUGUUUACACGGGUUCAAAAACAUCUACAUUAAAAUAUCCUGAGCACAAGUUAGCGAUUGGAAGGCAGGGAUCCAGGUUUCCCAGUGUCUGGCUGGGGUGUGUGUGUGGGGGGGGAAUCAUCUGUUCAGGUGUCAGGUAUAGGAGAGCCACAUAAGGCAAUUGAAUAAUUCGCAUGUUGAUCGCAACCCUCCACACACAUUCAGUGCAAGGUCUGAAAGGGUCUGUAUGCUAGGAGUGGGAAGCCUUUGACCUCCCCGAGGGUCAUAUUUCCUUGAGAGGAAAUACAGUGGUACCUCGGGUUACAUACGCUUCAGGUUACAUGCGCUUCAGGUUACACACUCCCCUAACCUAGAUAUAGUGCUUCAGGUUAAGAACUUUGCUUCAGGAUAAGAACAGAAAUCAGGCUCCAGCGGCACGGCAGCAGCGGGAGGCCCCAUUAGCUAAAGUGGUGCUUCAGGUUAAGAACAGUUUCAGGUUAACUACGGACCUCCGGAACAAAUUAAGUACCUAACCCGAGGUACCACUGUAGUCAGAAACAACACGCUCAAAGUGGGCGCUGCUCACACACAAAGUGGGCACAGACAGAACAUGCAACCCUUUCUCACAUAAACAAAUAUCACAUUUCCUCUCCCUCUCUCUCACUCACUCACGCACAUCACCUUUUCAGACAUGCACACCUCUUUCCCUCUCUCUCUCUCACACACACACACACUCAUUUAAGCAAAUUGACCGUGCAAGAGGGUUCCUACAUAGCCAGAUUUGCAUCAUUUUCUCUUUGUGUGUUGGGAAAGGGGAGUCUUUUUUCAGCACACACAGAGAAAAGGCUUUAUUCAGGAUCAAAAUAGGCACAGCAUGACAGCAGAGGCCUAGCAAGCUGGAUGGAGAAGGCUGGUGGGCCAGAUCUGGCCCAUAGGCUGGAGGUUCCUCCUUGCUGCUCUAUGCACCUUGGCUCUGAGCACGUGAUCAGGAAUGCUCCUAUUCUGAGCCUUCUCAGUCAUGUAGAUGGAGACUUGCAUAUAUAGUUUGUAUACACUUCAGCCCUUAUCCUGAAUGCAUGCAGGGGCAGAGCCAAUGAAUGGAAUAGAGUGAACUAUUAUGAGUCUUAGGGACGUGGAGUGUGCAUGAACUAAACAGUGCUUAGCUUGUUUUUUUAGUUGCUAUUUAGCUAAUGUUAAUAUUGUUUUAUGUAUUGUAAAUGCUGAAUUGUUUAGUUAAUAAUAUGAUAUGACUUUUGCUGUAAUUGUGAUGUUUAGCUUAUUGUUUUAGUUGCUGCUUUGUUAAUAGUGUUUUAUAGAUUUUAAUUGUUUUACUGAUGAUUUGUUAAUUAGUUUAUAUGUUUUCAGCUGUACUUAUGAUGUUCUAUUAGGUUCUAGAAUGUUGUUGUUAUUUUGUUUGUAAGCCGCUUUGAGAUUCCUUUGAAUGAAAAUACAAUCAAUCAUUUUAUUUGUAUGCCGCCUUUCCAUAGCUCAAGCCAUGCUCAAGGUGGCAUACAGCAUGAAAAAAAUUAGGUAACUACAAACGGUAACAAAAGUAGUCAGCCCAAGAAUCUUGUUCGGCAGCCUCAGCUUUUGUAGUUGGAGUCAGUCAGGACCCCACCCUCCUGGGCUAGGUGGAAAAAGAUCUGCAAGGCAGGGAGCAGGUCUACUAGGACUCACAGCUAAGAUGGCAUGCAAAUGAUCAGGGAUGAUGUGAGUUGUAAUUUAACAAUGUAUGAAAGACUGCACAUUCACCAUCUACUUAAGUCCUCACCCAAUUAGCCUUCCAUCUACAGAAGGUAUCUGGAAUGCUGGGGGGGUGGGGAAAGACUUUUAGUCUGUAUCUUUUCCUUGGGCCAGAAAUCUCCACUUGAGAGGGGGUUCAAGCUGUAUGAUUCGAAAUGGCAAAUGCUUUUAAGUUUUUCUUUUUCUUUUUUAAAGAAGUCAUUUAUUAUUAUUAUAACAACAAAAAUCUAAUUUCCCAACUUUAUUUUUAAUUACCUUAAAUAUCAAUCCAGACUCAUGCUCAAGGAGGAAAGAAAGUGGUACAGACAGAUGAAUGGAGAAAUGGCUCUGUGGAGGAAAGACUGGAGUAUGCCCUUGUCAAGGUGAUUUUUUAUGUGUUUUUCCAUAUCAAAGCCAGUGUCUGUUCUCUUCAAACAGACUCUACUUAAAUUAUAAUUUUGUAUACUUCUUUAUUACCAAGCACUUUGAACCUCUAAAGAGUAGAAUUCCUUGAUUGAAGAAUGAUUUGAGGAGAAGGUUGUUGGAAGGUGUCAGUGUAAUAUUCUUAGCCUGUCCAACUUAAAUCCUCCCAGGAUUUCUUUGUGAUGGAAGGAGGAAUACAGAUAGAAUUCAGGUAUAAACGUGUUUGGCAGGACUUAUCUUAAUGAAUGGAAAUGAGUGAGUAUUAACCACUUCUUACAGACAUAGGGUUGUACCAAGUUAUACUAUGAUAGAUCCACUGAAAUUAAAGGACCUGAGUUAGUCAUGUCUGUUAAUUUCAGUGGGUCCAUUCUGUGCAGAACUAAUGUUAGAUGCAACCCAUGUACUUCACAACGUUACAAAAUUGCACAAGCCAGCUUUCCAAGACACACAACCUUGUAAUUCACAGGUAAUGAAAUCUGGAAAAUCUGCUCACCUGAGAUAACUUUGCAACAACUCCUUGCAAUCAUGGUGAUUGUAAAUGUAUUGAUUACUGACUCCUACCAUGGAUGGUUUUGCAGAUUAUGUUAUUCUAAGGCUGUAUCAGCCGCAAGUCAACUCUUGCUAUAUAACAUAUAAAAUGAAAAGCUGAUAUUAAAACAUAAAUCAGUAUAUGAGAAAAAUCACCAAAGGUGUAACAGAUCUGCCUGUCUUUCUUUUUAAAAGAAGUCAUUUUUUAUUAUAAUAACAAAAAUUUCACAAGUUUAUUUUUAAUUAUCUUAAAUAUCAAUCCAGACUUAUGCUCAAGGAGGAAAGAAAGUGGUACAGAUUUUAAACUGAGGUUGAAAGCAACAGACUAAGCUCAUUUUGGCUUAACUGGUUUUUUACCCACUUGGCCUUACUGAGCGUACCUCUGGCUACAAGUGUGAAGAGGGAUGUGGUAUCAACAGAAGAACAGAAGAACCAUCUGUCACUCUUUAGAACUUCCUUCAGAAGCCUUGCUUGACGUGCCCCCUCCCUUUUGAUUUGAGGCAAUUAAGAGCAGAGCCACCUUGCUCCUGGGAUAACUAUGAGUGGCCUUCUCACUUCCUGUUUUGUCAGACUCACUCCUGAAAAAGUUUUCUGCUGCUUUCAACUUGAUUUGAUGUUGCGUGUAUAAUGUUUGGUUUCUGUUGCUGAUUUGUUUUACUCGUUGAUGACUUUCUUUGACUUAACACUCCUUCAUAGAGAUGGGCUGUGUUUUUGUCUGCUGGUUAAGACCCAGUCCUUCCCCCUGCAGACUUCCAGCAAAAGCAGCUGUAGAUAAAGAGGAGGGAGACUUUCCUCUCUCUACUUUGCCCCUGUCCUUUCCUCGUUUUUCGGAGACUCUGCAGCUCCCCACUCUGGUUAGUGUAAUAUGAUUAUGCUUAUUUUAGCAGUGCAUGAGCACACUAAUACUAUGUCUCUCUCUCUCCCCGCCCCCAGGGUAUUGAGAAGUAUGUGAUUGAAGACACAGAAGAAGCUAGAUUAAACAAAGAAAAGUAUCCCAGACCUCUGAAUAUAAUUGAGGGGCCUCUGAUGAACGGCAUGAAAACAGUUGGUGAUCUUUUUGGAGCUGGCAAGAUGUUUCUACCACAGGUAAAGAAGAAUGAUGAGAAUUUUCUAUUAACCAUUAAUAAGUUAUCUAUGAAAAUGAAUGAUUUAUAGAUAAUUUAAUUGCCAGACCAAUAGCCUGUUCCACCUAGGGUGUGCCCUAGACAGUGGCUUCAUCUGAAUUGUACCAGUAGAACACAGAAGUUGUUUUAUACCAGAUCAGACUACAUCAUCAUCAGUAUUAGUAUUGUAUUGUAUUGUAUUGCAUUGUAUUGUAUUCAGUGCUUUUUUUCUUUAAAAAAUGUUUAGGGAUAGUCUCAUUUUCCUACUCAUAUUGAAAUACAGUGGUACCUCGGGUUACAGACGCUUCAGGUUACAGACACUUCAGGUUACAGACUCUGCUAACCCAGAAAUAGUACUUCAGGUUAAGAACUUUGUUUCAGGAUGAGAACAGAAAUCGUGCGGCAGCAGCGGGAGACCCCAUUAGCUAAAGUGGUGCUUCAGGUUAAGAACAGUUUCAGGUUAAGAACGGACCUCCAGAAUGAAUUAAGUUCUUAACCUGAGGUACCACUGUACUGCCCCUCAACGAGGCCAAACUUCGAUUCACAAAAUGUUUAGGGGUAUGCGUAUCCCUGUGUCCCCCCAGAAAAAAGCACCGAGUAUUGUAUUGUAUUGUAUUGUAUUGUAUUGUAUUGUAUUGUAUUGUAUUGUAUUAUUUAUAUCCUUCCCAUCUGGUUGGGUUCCCUCAGCCACUCUGGGUAGCUCCCAGCAGAACAGUAAAACAAAACAGCAUUGUCUAUAUUUCUGGCAGUGACUCUCCUGUCACCUGCUAACUGAGCCCAUUUUAACUAGAGGUGCCAGAGAAUGAACCUGGAAUCUCCUGCAUGCAAAGAAUGUGCUAUACCACUGAUCAGUAGUCCCUCCACCAUUCCACAGUUCAAGAAUCUAGGCAUACCCUAAACAGUGAAAUGGAUGCUGUUUUCAUCUUCCCUAAUAGCUACAGGCAUUCCUAUAUUCAGCCUUCCAGGAUGAGCAACAAUUCCUUCUAGACUAGUAGCUUUCUGGAUGUGCUGUUAUCCACUACUAUAUGUUGGCAGGCCAGCCUGCAACAUAAUUCUUUUAAUUUGUCUAUUCCUUUUCUUGGUAUUCACUCUUAGUAUAGUGGUAAUGUGUUCACAGAGUUGUUGUUUUUUUUUUGUUUGUUAAUUUAUUUCUAGCUUUAUCUACAAGUUCCUCAAAAGCACUUGUGCCUCACAGUAGGGCCAGUUUAGCUGAUGUGGGCUCUCCUUACAUUUGCAGACAGUUGUCCAAUGGCACUCCAUUAAUCCAGAUAUUGAUUCACAUUUUUUGGCCAACAGCCCAACACAAUGAUUGAGCAAGCCCAUAGAGAUGGAUUUGUGAAUGGGCUAAGCAGCAUGGAGGCAUGUUAAUAUGAUCAGUGCAGGAGUUUCUAGGCAGCAGAGAAUAGGGAAGAUACUAAAGUGUGUUUUUAAUUGGAGGUUAUUGAUAGUCUGGUUUAAUUUGCAUGAUGGAUCGAGGUUGUUGUUGUUGUUGUUGUUGUUGUUUUAAAAAUGAACUCUUAGCUAAACACAUAGCUGUAAUUGGUUCUUCCCUUGAAUCUGGGCAUCCAGGUUAUCAAAUCUGCUCGUGUUAUGAAGAAGGCUGUUGGUCAUCUGAUUCCCUUCAUGGAAAAGGAAAGAGAGGAAAUGCGUGCAUUGUCAGGUUCCACAGAAGAAGAGGCAAGUUUGCACGCUACAUUGUUUGGUUCUCUUUAAUGAUUUUUUUCCAUGGUUGUCUUAGAGCCUUGCAGGUUAUAGCAAAGUUUCUUGUGAGGCAUGUAUUCAUAUAAUGCUGGUUGCAGCAAUCACUGUAAAACAGACAAGUAGAUUUGGUUUUGGAAACAAGUGGUUGGUUGUAACAUAUAAAAUUUGCCUUUUGACACUUUCCCCAAUAAAAACAGAUGCCCAGUAACUAACGGUAGCCAAUGCUGCACAGAGAUCUAUCAUGAUAAACUCUGCACCUAAUUGUCCUGGACAUUGCAUGCACUUUCACCAAAUACCUUGCGGCGUGUGCAGCAGAUAUAAAAGCAUGGCUUUUUGUCUCAGUGGAGUGACCCCAGCUUCCCUCCAUCUUCCCUCUUCAAAUGCUACACACACCUCCCAUAGCAAAACCUGAUCUCCUUGUCCGUUUUGCCUGUUCUCCUAUGCUUCUGAUUGGUGUCUGCCUUUUUAUGGUGUAUGUAGUUCUGAAGAAGGGGACGCGGGUGGCGCUGUGGGUAAAACCUCAGCGCCUAGGAUUUGCCGAUCGCAUGGUCGGCGGUUCGAAUCCCCGCGGCGGAGUGAGCUCCCGUCGUUCGGUCCCAGCUCCUGCCCACCUAGCAGUUCGAAAGCACCCUUAAGUGCAAGUAGAUAAAUAGGUACCGCUUUAUAGCGGGAAGGUAAAUGGCGUUUCCGUGUGCUGCUCUGGUGCCGGUUCGCCAGAGCAGCUUCGUCACGCUGGCCACGUGACCCGGAAGUGUCUGCGGACAGCGCUGGCUCCCGGCCUCUAGAGUGAGAUGAGCGCACAACCCUAGAGUCUGUCAAGACUGGCCCGUACGGGCAGGGGUACCUUUACUAGUUCUGAAGAGCUAUUUGUACGAUUGCACAUUCAAACAGUUUACAAGAGGCUGAUUUAUUAAACACACAAACACACAGCACAGCACAAUUGUUUGUUUUUAAGCUGAAAAAUUACUGUGGGGAGGGUGCUUUUUGGCAGCACAAGGGCCGAGCCAUUUGCACAGCUUCAUCUGCCUUGGACUGGCAUCAUUCCCCCCCCCCCCCCUUGAGGUUGAUUCCCAAGAGGAGACUGAUCACAUGACAGCAACAUGGUGAAAUGCUCUCCAGAAUGGAACGCCUCCUGUUUUUACAUACAGAUCUGUGCCUCCUUGGGAAGCAUAUGUCAAACUGGUGUUUAGUUGCUCCCAUAUUGGAAAUAAUCAUAGGGCUCGAAAGAACCUGAGGAUUGUUGCUAUAGCAGGAUUUUUCAUUCCUAACAAGCGUGAAAAUUAAAUGACAGCAAUUGUUCUUGUAGUUCCAAUUGUUGCGAAGGUUGUAUUGGAUUUGGGAACAAACUGAGACAGUUAUGCUGUCUUUGACAUUUGGGUAAGAAACCAGAAUGAGCUAAGACCAAAAAGAAAAAGGCUAUUGGAAACAUUUAAAACAAUUGAUAGCUAGCUUAGGAGUGUGUGUGUCUACUGGGGUGUGUGUCUUUAUCUUAUAGGCAUAUUGGUAUUUAAAUGGGGAAAUGUAUGUAUGUUUACAGAAUUUGGCCAAUCCUGUAUGGUUUGGUUGGUGCUACAGAAAAUUCUGGAUGCUAUUGCUAGCAAAACAAUAAGAGAGAGAGAUUCUGUUAGCCCCUAAAUGGUGUGCAUUAACAAUGAGAAAACACUGCUGUCCUGCAUUAAAAUAAUAUACAUAUCUGCUGGCAUGGCUUCUCUCUGGAGUGCAGUUACCCCCAGAGCAGUAACUGUGGUGCCAGAACAUCAGCAAAUACAGAGCACUGGUUAUUAUGUUUUAGAAUGAAUGGCUGUGCCUGCAGGCUUGUGCCAGGAUCGAAAAGGAAAGCUAUUUGGUUCUCUGCCCAGUAUUAGAAUGCUCCAAUUCAUUUAAUGCUUGAAAUGGUCUUGUUUUUACGUAGAAGACAUCUUUAAAUCAAACGCAUGUCCUGGUCCACAUUGCAGCACUGUCUGCGGUUGGGUGAUUUCCCCCCUUCUCCUUCAGUACUUCAUUCCUGUUUGUUUGUAGGAUUUCCAUCACCAAUUAGAUCUGCAAUCAUUGCUGGACCGGUCCACUAUACUUACUUGUUUUCUUUCAGCUUGAUUAAAUGAAUGUGCCUUUCUGCCCCAGCUGUGCAGGCUUUUGAGUGUUCAUGAAUACAAUGCAGAAUGAUGCUGGAUGGCGCAGUCACUUGGCAUAGUCUCGAAUGUUCAAUUCUCCCCAAACCUCUACAUUUUAGGAAGACAGAGGAGAUUAAUCAUUGUAGUAAAUACAAUGUUUCUCAGGCAUCAAAGAUUAUCAUUGUUGUUGUUGUGUUGUUGCUGCUGCUGCUGUUUGUUUAUUAAAUAUUAUAGGUGAUGUAAAAUAUUUUGAAGGCCCAGAUUGCACAUCAUGGCUCCAGAUCUGUUUGUUUUGAGCCCAGGUGUGUUUCAGCCUUGUAUAAAACUUGGGCUAGAGGCACAUAUUUGGAAAGCACAACGGAUUCACAACAAAAAGGGUUCAGGCACAUCCUGGGCUAUGGGGCAAAGAAGCCACAUUGUCAGAACUUCCCAAUUCCUACCCCUCCCUGUCCCCCCCACCGUUGGAUUUUGAAUGUGAGUCCUGUUAAAAAGUGCUAUGGGGGAAUUAAUGUAAUUCGGGAGGGGAGGUUCACCUUUCCUCAUCCAUGCACCCCUGUCUCUUUUAAAACUGGACUCCCCACUCUUUGCCAUCUGCAUGAUUGGGGCAGAUGCAGGUUUAAACAGCUGGAUGCGCCAUCAAUAGGUGCAGUUCGAAAAGGGUUUUGCACGAAUUGAGUUAGCACAGCCUUGGGGCGGGGGGGGGAGGGAAUAGGUCUCUUCCAAAAGCCUAAUUCAGAAGUAGUCAAUGCUGGUCUCCUCCAGAUAUAGGGACUACUCGCAUAAACUCUAGCCAGCAAGGCCAAUGGUUGGGGGUCAUGGGAGUUGUAGCCAACAACAUCUGGAGGGCAUAUCCUUGACUAUCCCUCGAAUAUUACAGUAGAGAAUGAAGGAACCCUGUAGACGACCCCACAGGAAUGCUAUAAAGUAUUAGCAGCUACUUCUCCUCAAUGAACACAUUUUCUUUCAGUGACCAGUGAGGGAGCUCUCCAAAUGGGUUGUUUGUUGAAGCCAUGCUCAUUCUUUCUGUUAUGCCUUCCAUCCUGUGAUUAGUUAAAUUAUGUGUGCAGUAAUAGUAAUAGUAAUAGUACAGUAAUAGUUGUAUCAGACCAAAGGCCUACUUAGUCCAGCAUUCUGUUUGAUGGAGUGGCCAUCUAGAAUAGAUGCCUAUGAGAAGCCCAUAAGGAAGAUGUAUAUUUGUAUACAAAAAACAACUAUGCUACGUGAUUCAUAAAUAUUUGUUUCUGCCUUUAAAAAAGCUGGUAAUAACAGCUGCUUCAAUAAACCAGCCAUUUAUACUGUGCAGGUUGCUCAGGUGGGAAAUAUUCAUAAAUCCUGCAGAUUUUGUUUUAACUCUUGCAGGACCCCUACCAUGGCACAAUUGUUUUAGCUACUGUGAAAGGUGACGUGCAUGACAUUGGCAAGAACAUUGUGGGAGUUGUUCUGGGCUGCAAUAAUUUCAGGUAAUUAGACUAGACCUCGUGCCCUUGUGGGUCCCGUUUCCCACACCCCGCUUGCUUUGUAUUGUCACUGGGAAUAUUAGAAUCACCUUCUUCGAGUGGAGUGUACAACAUUUUGACUAAGCUGCUAGUUCUCUGAGUCAGCUGUGCUUGACAGAUGAGCAAUUUGUCCUAAACAGAACCAGGUGUUGCAGAGGAAUUGGUUCCCCUAGUACCACAGUAUUUCCCCAGUCAUAUCUGUUGUUUCCAAGGGAAGAAGUUGCAGGCCACGGAAUCAGGUUCAGAUGCAGGCCAGAUAUACUUGUCUUGAGCAAAUGUGGUAGCAACUCAGAAUGGGGAGGGAGGUUGAUGGAGUGGGGGAAUAAAGUGCUGGGGAAAGGCUGAUGUCUGGCUGCUCAGCUGUCUGGAAAGAUUAAAAGCCAAAUGCUGUUCCCUUUGGCCUUCCUAACAGGAUAAGUGAUCUUCAUAAUACCUUAUAGCAGAAAUGGAUUAAUUAAGCACAUGCACAUGAUGACUAGCAAAGUACCAUUUUCCCUCCCCCUCCAGAGUUAUUGAUUUGGGAGUCAUGACGCCAUGUGACAAGAUACUCAGAGCUGCUCUUGAGAACAAAGCAGGUAGGAGAGCUUCAUCACCAUUCGUCAAUCUUAAAAAACAAAACAAAAAACCCACACAUUGAAAUUAUGAUCUUGAAUUUGCAUCUUGAAAGGUUAAUUUUCAGUAAUCUUGGGGAAAUGCUGAGCAGAUAGAUCAGUACAAUCUUUGGUUUGUUUGAACUUCAGUUGCUAAGAUGCCUUUAGGAGGUUGGAAAAAACAGGCAUGCUGUGACUUUGAGUAACAAAUAAUGGGUUGAUCUGAAUCUAUUGGAGUUUGUAUGUGUUUUUUCUGGUCUUACUGAAUCCUUUUACCUCCUAAAAUGUUACACACUACAGUUGUGUUUUAUGUAUUUAAAAGAUUUGUAUACUACCGUACAGAAAUCAACAUUAUAAGAAAGUUGCAUCAUGUUACAUCAAAUUCCUGGAGGAAUAGAAGUAUAUUUGCUUGGCAGCAAAAGCAUAACAAUGCUGGUGUCAGGCAGAUAUUCUGGAUGUUGUAUAUUUCAUUGAUACCCCUUUCAUAGAUUAAUAGAGUGCUGAGAGCAGGAUUGGAAACGUGUGUCUUUCCAGAAGUUGUGGACUACAAUUCCCACAAUCCCUGGCUGUUGGCCAUACUGGCUGGGGUCAGCGCUGGCCCAGUCAUGAGGUGGAAUGGAGCAAUUUUCUCAACUGUUUGGGGAAGCAGAAUGGUGUGCCCCAACACUCCCUCUGAUGUUAUCAUGUGGCAAUGCAAAAAACAAACCAAGGCAAUGGGGAACAGGGUGAGGAAGAGGUGGAGUGUGCCACUGUGGAGGAUGGAGUAGUGGGGGGCAAUGUUACAGUUCCUUCUUCCAGCCCUGCAUAAGCCUGUUGGGAGUUGGGCUCUUACAACAUCUGCAGGGACAGUGGUUUUCCCGCCACUGUCCUAGAACUAUGUCUAGGGCAAUGGAAUGUUAGUGGAAACAUCUAGACAAGGCCAUGAGCUCACUGCACAGUUGGCUGGUUGCUUCUUGUUGCUGUUCUCUGAAAUGGCUAUUGAACCUUGUGGAUAAAAGGAGUUCUAACCAUUUAUUUUUUAGAUAUCAUUGGUUUGUCUGGCCUCAUCACACCCUCUUUGGAUGAGAUGAUAUUUGUUGCCAAGGAGAUGGAGAGAUUAGAGAUCAAGAUUCCUUUGCUGAUUGGAGGAGCAACUACUUCCAAGUAAGUUGGGUCCUUUUUGGUAUGCCCAACGGAGAAGCAAAUGUAAAUAUGCAAUACGUUGUUCUCCAGAAUGUUAGGCAUCUAAUAGAGGCAGUAUUAUUCUUAAUUUAACCUUUUAAAUGUAACUUUUGGAUAACUAUCAUUAUUUAAACCAAUAUUUAUUAAUUAAAAUGCAUUCAAGUACUUGCUCUAGCGUGUUUAAAGUGAAGUAAAAAAAGUGGGUUUUUUAAAUAAAAAAGUAAUGUUGAAGCUGAUAUUUCAAGGGGAUUAAGUAGACGACUUAUGAGAUAUACAGUGUGAAUUUUUCUUUUUUCAGAAGUACAGAUUUGCUGUAGCAAAAUUAAGACUUCAAAAACAGUUAAAAGAAAUAAUCACCCUAUGCAUUUAGAAAUAAUUAAAUAUAAACAUGAAGAACAGAAGAAGAUCAUUUAUUAACCAAUAUAAUGGGCCUGAUCCAGACUGCGCUUGGGUGGAGCUCUACCCAUGGGGUACUCUACUGUGAGUAGCCAGUGAGAGCCAGUGUGGUGUAGUGGUUAAGAGCGGUAGUCUCGUAAUCUGGGGAACCGGGUUUGCGUCUCCGCUCCUCCACAUGCAGCUGCUGGGUGACCUUGGGCCAGUCACACUUCUUUGAAGUCCCUCAGCCCCACUCACCUCACAGAGUGUUUGUUGUGGGGGAGGAAGGGAAAAAAGAUUGUUAGCUGCUUUGAGACUCCUUCGGGUAGUGAUAAAGCGGGAUAUCAAAUCCAAACUCUUCUUCUUCUUCUUCUACUGGAGGAAAAUGAGAGGCUAUUUUUGAAAAUCUGCUCUGAAGGAUCUGGCAGGUGGUGCUGUAGGCAGAAGGGGAAAUAGGCAAUAAGUGUUUCCUUUCCCUUUCUCUAGUGGGAGGCUCCGCUGGAUCUUUGUCCCUUCUUUCAAUAGAAGUUUGUGAAGUCUAGAUCCUACCCAAUAUGUUGUUGAAUGAGGAAAACUGGGCUUGAUGGGAACAGCAAAUAUAUUUGUGCCACAAAGUUUCCAAAUAGUUUCUUCCAGUUGCAUUGUAGUCCAGAUAUCAAUUUAUGAAUGUGAAGUUGGGACAACUUAUUCUAUCUUGAAAACCAUGCUAGAAAUACUUGCUGCCAUCCACUCUUGCUGCUGCUGCAGCCACGGAAAUUAAUUCAUGGUUCAAAAAUAAAUUAAAGUUGGCAUUCUCAGGAUUUUGCGUGUCAGGAUUCUAAAUCCUGGCAUGAAGGGCUCAAUGGACUGUCAAAAAGGAGCUUUAUCCAAGCCUAGGGGAAUGCAUUUAGAAGACUGGGAAAAAAGGUUGCUCUGAAGGGGAUAUGCUGUCAGAAGAGAGACUUAGAUGAACGUGACAGCUGAAGAUGUUGGCUGAGAACAGUUAGGCACAAAUUUUCCCUCCCACUCCAUUGUCGUGCACAGUACAACAUUAUGUGCUGGAGGGGAAGGUAGAGCUUAGCAACCUCCACCCCCUAAGUAAAAUCUGGAGUGUCUGUAGGCACAGCUAAAGAAUGAUGCCAAAAAAAAGAGGAAAUGCAGCAGUGUAAAAUUGCUUUCAUUUGCAGCGGACACUUCUCCCUAAGAAAAUCAUUCCGAAAGAACCAGUGGUUUUUAAAAAUAUAUAUAUUCACAAAUGAAACUCUGACAUUCUUUUAAGGAUUGAAGGCCUGCCAGAGGGAUAGGGAUGCCUUAAGACAACCUCUGCUCCCCAGUCUUGACAUGUUGUGAUUGCUGUGUACCCUGUUAGGAAUUAGCAAAACAGUACAGGUCCUUGAAGAUCUUGUAAAUAGUGUGGAGUGUGCCCCUUUUUGCAUGCAGAUGGACUAUCAUUUCCAUUAAACGGAGAACGGGAGAGUUUUGCGCAAUUUAUGUUAUAGCAUUCCCAUUGGGGCACAAAAAUUCUUGAACGUUAGCUUGAUGCUGAGUCUGUAUGUGCUCAUACUGUUGCUUUCCUAUGUGCCUAUUCUGUCGUUUCAGGACACAUACAGCUGUAAAAAUUGCUCCACGAUACAGCGCUCCUGUUGUCCAUGUCCUAGAUGCCUCCAAGAGUGUGGUGGUUGUAAGUUGUGAUUUUUAGUCCCAUCUUUAGUAUAGGCGGUGAACAUUUUCUGCAAGUCCAACUGAUGCGUGACGGCUGAUGUGUGGGUCAUUUUGGACCCGGAAGGGUAGGGUGAUGCAGGCUUAUGUGUUAUGUGUUAUGACACCUGGAGGGGGGGCAGGAACGGAACCCGCGCACAAAAUGGUUACUGCCUGUAAUGUAUUUUACAAAGGUAAGAUUAAUUCUAGUGGACCAGAUUUAGCUAAUUCAGCACAGCAUUAUAUUUCCAUCAGUGACCAAAUUAUUAUGCUUUAGGAUUUUUUUUCCCCCAACAGGACAAUUGAAUACAGGCCCCUGCCUUUGCCUUCAUGAGGCAGACAGUGGUUUGAAGCUUUGUUUGAGCUUGUAACAGUUGGUACUUGCAGUAUCCAUGAAACUGAACUCUUAUUAUACAUUUGGUCAUAACUAUUUUAAGAAUGUCUCAAUUUACACGAGAAAAUGUAAGAUAUUACCAAACAAAUCCUGCGUUUGUAAAGACUUCUGUAUAUCAUACCGUGUUUUUCUGUUUGGGGUGCUGUUUUUGAAUGCUUAAGGCAGUCAAGGGUUUAAUUAAAUCUGACUAUAACAGCUUGCUUAAUGAAUAAUAGAAAUCUCAGAAGUGGCUUGCCUGUGAUUUGGAAAUAUAUUUGAUAUGCUUUGCUAGGCUUAUGUUUCAGCUACUGCAUUUUCAGACUCUUCCCUCUUACAGAUGAGACACAAGCCCUCUAAACCGUGUCACUAGGAUUUAAAAUGGCUUCUGCUGCCUCUGUAUAGAGUUAAAUGGUUUUCCAGUUCUGUGGAGGGAAAUAUUGACACUCCUUACUGCUCUGUAAAUGGAAUCUAUAGCCUUCGGUCCUUUUUAAGUGGCAGUAAGAAGGCACCUGGGCCUAUUUAAAGGUUUUUUAAUGGGACAAGAAUAAGUGACGUUUUGCCUUCAUAUAAACUUGAGUUUAUAGUAGAAAAAGCUUAAAGAUAAACCUCCCCCCUCAUACCACUCCCUCCCUUUCAGUCUUACUGUUGGAACUCAUUCACAUGUUUAUUUUUUAAGUCUCUGUGUGAGCUCCAGCACCUCACAUGCAAGCUUUGUGUGUUAAAUAGCCCUCUUGAGAAAAGAUAAAGAGGAACCAUACCCAGAAGCACUUCAAAGCAAUCAUAUUUUCCCUGGCAGUUUAACUUCAUUUUUAUUUUUUCUGCUGGGGGUGGGCGUUAUUAGCCAUAUUCUUAUGGACUUGAUAACUUCAUGAGGGAAUUUAAGUGCCUGACGGAGAGAGAUGGAGAGGUAUUGAGUUGCAUUACAUCACCCUCAAGUCUAAUCAGCAUGCUGUGUUCAUUUCAGUGCUCUCAGCUUUUAGAUGAGAAUCUAAAGGAUGACUUCUUUGAAGAAAUACAAGAGGAAUAUGAAGACAUUAGACAGGACCACUAUGAUUCUCUCAAGGUAAAGAGCACUAACAGACCUUCUUAAUGUCAAGUGUACUAGUCAUUAGUCAUUACUAGCUUUUCUUUCAUGCCAUUUAUUUUUAAAAAACCAGAUAAAUCAACUGAUAUAGUUGCUUGCUCAGAACUGAAGACCUGUCUUUUUUUCCCUACACAGGAAAGGAGAUAUUUAUCACUAGAGCAGGCGAGGAAUAAGGGCUUUUAUUAUGAUUGGCGAACUGAAUCAAAACCAGGUUAGUUUGCCUUUUAAGAAACCAUUUUCUGCCUUAUAAGAUUACAGAAGAUUUAUUCUUUUCAGGAGGACUAACCGAUUUGAAAACCAAUCUUGACUUCAGUUAAUCUGAGUAUUUCUUCGGAUUUUAGCUUUUUGUCACAAAAUGUUACAAAUAAUUAUUUUAAGUUAUGGGCAGAAGCCAAAUGCCUAUGCCACAUCCCUGGGAUCGUCUAGAGGGUUCUCCCCCGCUCCUUACCCUCCCCUCAUAUUCCCUCCCUAAGGAGUCACUUGGUGAUUUGGAUAAGAUGGAGAACCCUUUUCAGCCCACAGGCUAUAUAUUCCCAUCUGGACCAUUUUCUGGGGGCCACAUGCCAGAUGUCUGUAAAUGUUACCUUUUGUACAAUAGGCUAGUUUCUACACACGUCUGUCUAACCUUGUGUAUCAUCCAGCCAGGAAAGCAAGAGGUAUGGUGGGAGUUCAAGGACACAUUCCAGCCAGGCAAGAAACACUAGGAGGAUGCAGAGUAGGGCCAGGGAGAGGGUGUGUCCUAGAGAGAAUCCCUGGGAUCAGAUAGAGAGGCCUGGAGUACCAUAAGCAGCUUCCAGGCUUGAGAUUCCCCACCCCUGGGCUAGAAGUUCUAUCUAUAUCUCCUACUGAGUUUCAAGACUAGUACGGCUCCUGCAUGUUUUGAAGAGUGGAUGACUUCCUCAGCUUGGAGAUCUAAUUGAGCUACUAAGUUUCAGCUUCCCUAAAGGUUUACCAUACACUAUUAUCAGUAAUGGCUGAAAAGGCUAAGUAAAAAUCAUUAAAAUCUGUUUGCAUCAGAACAUAGUUUUGCUUACGUUAGGCCUAUUCAUACAGAGAGAGAGCUUGGUAAGGACCAUAGCUCAGUGCUUGAGCAUCUGCUUUUCAUAUAAGAAGGUCCUGGGUUCAGUUCCUGGCAUCUCCCAAGUCAGGCUGGGAAACAUUCCUUGCCUGAACCCAGGGGAGCUGCUGCCAGUCAGUGUAGGUAGUAUAGUGUAGACAAGCUAGAUGGCCCAAUGGUCUGACUCAGUAUAAGGCAGCGCCUUAUGUCCCUAGUUAGUUAAUGAAACAGAAAGAACAACAUGGUUCUAGUUCCUUAUAGAUACAAUUGCCAGGUAGGUUCUAGAUAUCACUACAGAAUACCUGUAGCAAAGGCAGACGUUUUGAGUCUCUCUUUGUCCGGUUUUCUUCACAGAACAUAACUGCAUCGAGGGAGCACUUUUGCUAACUCCAGGCUGGAGACCCUUAUCUUCUUAAGAGAAGACUUGGAUGUACUGUAUAGUUAUUGAAAACUUAGCUGUGUGAUACUGACAUGAGGCUAUGACCUGAUUUAGGAAUAGUACUAGUUUUGGACAUACUGUAGAGCCAAGUCUGCAUUUUUCCUCCUCAACGCAGAUUCAGGGUCCAGGGUGAAGUGACAAUCAGCAAAUGGUAGCUAUGAGCAGCCUUGCAUCAAAGCAAGAUUGUCUUUUCAAAUAUGGACAUGUAGAGAGGAUUGUAUGAGAUUUACAUUACUUAACAUUGGAGACGUUCCACUACAGUCUGCAGUUGAGCACUGCAGAAUACAGCAUGUAAGGGGGGCUACCCAAGUGACCAAUGGCUUUAUGCUGGCAUGAUUUUUCACAUAACAAUGGCUUACUUCAUCUGUUGGAGCAAAUUGUUUUUUACAAAAUCUCAAGCCAUCAUAAACAAGUUAUUCCGUAAAAUUAAUUGUUUUGCCACCCUUGCUGCAGAGCAGCACAGCUUACGCUUGAAAUUUUAGCUGGUAAUAUUUAAACAGAUCAAUUGGUAUGAGGGAGUCAAACUUAAAACCAGUGGUUGUCCUAUAACUUGGACUCAUUGGAUAUUCCACACACUCUUAUUCCGCCAUCCUUCCAAAGAGGCAGACAUUUUCUGUAAACCUGCCCGUCUAGUUUAAGAUUGUAUUUUGGUUGCCAUAGUAUUGAGGCUUUAAAUACCUGCAGUGGUAUGCACUGUGCAUCAGAUGUAGAUGCAGCCCACAUAGUAUGUUCCAAAUUACAAAAUCUGCACAUUGUGCUUUUUACAGUUAAACCGCUGUUCCUCGGCACUAGAGUCUUUGAAGAUUAUGAUGUGCAGAAGCUGGUGGAAUACAUUGACUGGAAGCCCUUUUUCGAUGUCUGGCAGCUCAGAGGCAAAUAUCCCAACCGGGGAUUUCCUAAAAUCUUCAACGAUAAAACAGUGGGUGAGUAACACAGUAGCGUUCUGUGGUGGAGAAUCUAAAAGGUAGAUAGAAUACAGUGGGAACUCUGGUUAAGAACUUAAUUCGUUCCAGAGGUCCGUUCUUAACCUGAAACUGUUCUUAACCUGAGGUACCACUUUAGCUAAUGGGGCCUCCCGCUGCUGCUGCCGCACGAUUUCUGUUCUCAUCCUGAGGUAAAGUUCUUAACCUGGGGUACUAUUUCUGGGUUAGCGGAGUCUCUAACCUGAAGCGUUUGUAACCCGAGGUACCACUGUAUCUUCAAAUUGUGUGAAUAUGCACAAAGUAGAACCAACAGUACACAUGAGAGCCAUGUUAAUGAGAGAGAGAUUGGUCAGUCAUUUUGAAGCUCACUAAAUCCCCGCGGCGGGGUGUGCUCCCGUCGUUCGGUCCCAGCGCCUGCCAACCUAGCAGUUCGAAAGCACCCCCGGGUGCAAGUAGAUAAAUAGGGACCGCUUACCAGCGGGAAGGUAAACGGCGUUCUGUGUGCUGCGCUGGUUCGUCAGAUGCAGCUUGUCACGCUGGCCACGUGACCCGGAAGUGUCUGCGGACAGCGCUGGCUCCCAGCCUAUAGAGUGAGAUGAGCGCACAACCCUAGAGUCUGUCAAGACUGGCCCGUACGGGCAGGGGUACCUUUACCUUUACCUUUAAUGUGCUGGUGCAGUAGGAAAAUUGUGACAGCUAUGAAACAUCAGCUGUAAACGGUCAGGAGCAGGCGAAAGCAAAGAAUUCAACAUCCCACCCAUACCCCAUUCAUCUUAGGGUAGACGCAUGACAGAUCUUCUGGGAGCCACACUGCCGUGGUGGCAAGACAAAAGUGGAGGGCAAUGGAUGUGAGUUUCUGUAUCCCAACACACGUUGUUCCUUCCAGACAAGCAAAAAGGCUUAUUAUCCCAGCUGGAGGACACGUUCCAGACAGCCUAAAGCACAUAUAGAGCAGUGAAGGGCGUGGCGUUCAGGUGGAGCCAUGGCUCAAAAAGAGUCUUAAGGGCUGGAUCAAGGCUUGCAGGCCUCAUUUGCUCCCCAGGCCAAAGGUUCCCCACCCUUGGUUUAAAGCAAAUAGAUCUUAUGAAAGGUUUGUGAAUAAACAACUCAGCUAGUUGCUUGUGGUGAUUAUGAAUCACUUUCAGAAGACCAAGCAGUAUUUGACUUUUUUUAAAAAAGGCCACAUUUUAUUAACGUAGGCGUGUGUUGAUAGACUAGUGUGUAAUAAAAUGUUGCAGCCUAGUAGCUUUUAUGGAAGACUUGGUUACAAUGCUGUUCUGUUCACAUUUACUGUGUUUGCAGUAAAUUUGUUUUGCUCUGAAACAUAUGAUGCUAGCCCAGGUUCGUACUGUAUUUAGUCUUGUCCAUGUGUUGUCAUUAAUAGACUAGAACAGUGAAAAUAAAGGAAGUGAACUUUAUGAUAUAGCUGCAAAACAAUGAAAAAUGAUCACCCAACCGUUUUUUAAGUUAAUUUUUUCGUAUGUGCUUAAGGAUUCUUUCUCCUUUAUUAGGGGAAGAGGCAAAAAAAGUUUAUAAUGAUGCGCAGAAUUUGCUGAAAACUUUGAUUAUGCAAAACAGAUUUAAAGCUAAAGGUCUGGUUGGAUUCUGGCCAGCUCGGAGUGUUCAAGAUGACAUUUAUUUAUAUGCCACAGAAGAGGAAGUGCAGUCUUCAGAACCAAUAGCUAAAUUCUGUGGGUUAAGGCAACAGGUAGGAUGUAAAACUCUUCUACUUAACAUCAAAAGUAUGUUGGCUUGUGUGCCCGAAAUAGUUUUGGAGUUUGUAUAAUUAAGGUGUUCAUUCAGGUAAACCAGAGGUUGACAUAUUCGGACCCAGUGGUAGAAAUCUGGGUGAUCUGCCAGAUAUCUAUAUCAGUUUUUGACAUCCAGUUUUCUAACAAUAGCCACAACUAAAAAGCUCCAUGCUAAAUUAAGUUACUGGAAAGGAGCACUUGGCAGGGGAAAUCUGGAGUGGAUUUUCGUGUGAAAGGACUUGAGAGUUUGGUUCCUAGUUUUUGGUACUGAUUACACAUUCUUGGACUGAAUAUGUGCUCAGAGGCACCCUUUUCUUUAAUUCUUAGUGUAUGUACACCUGCCUGAGCCACUAUUUUGCACCUGCAUCUGGUUGGUGGACCUUGGGGUUCUCAGUGUGUGUGUGUGUGUGUGUGUGUGUGUGUUUGCUUUGCUUUGCUUUGCCUUGUAAGUUAAAGAUCUGUUUAUAAUUCUUUUCAAUAAAUAUUUAAACACCAUUAAAUUAACUUUUGAAUUAGAUGUAGGAUGAUGAGUUUGUUACAGUUCAUAUGGCUGUAAGUGGUAUAUCAUAGUCUUUUGAUAUGUGUUCUAUUUUUAUAUAUUUAAUUUUGGAAGAAGAAUUGUGAGUUUCUGUUUAUCUUGUGCAGCCUUUUGGCAUUAUGCACCAUCUUAAUAUAAUCUCAUAAAAGUUUUCAUAUUGGGUUUGAACAUAUUGGGUGAGAAAUACAACUAGAUCUUCAUUUAUUAUUGCAGGCUGAGAAAGACUCUUCUUCUACUGAUCCCUAUUACUGCUUGUCUGAUUUCAUAUCCCCUCUGGAGUCGGGUAUACCUGACUAUUUGGGUCUUUUCGCUGUGGCAUGCUUUGGAGUAGAUGAGCUAUGCACAGAAUAUGAGAAGCAGUCUGACGAUUACAAUAUCAUAAUGGUGAAAGCGCUGGGAGAUCGCUUAGCAGAGGUAAUUAUACUUCUGUUAAGUUUCAUGUAACAGUUUUCUAGGAGACUGAGAUCCAGGUGAAUUAAUUGACAAGAGGGAUUAAAGAGCUGGUGGGAGGUGUGUCCUAGUCCAGCCCCAAGCAGACUUCUGUCUGGUGAACAAGUAGAAAGAAAGGAUGCAGGUAAACAAAUCUUCCAAUUUCAAAUCAGACAUCAAAUUCGCACUGGGAUUUCCCCAACAAGGUAUGUUGCUGUGAACACGAGAGAAUGUGGAAGGGCGUCUUCUUCAUUAUUAUGACUACUAGUUGUUGGUAGACCAAUUAAGCUAGUAGCUUUUAUUGCUCUGAGGAAACAUUGCUAUACCAUAGUCAUCCAUAAUUUUGUGAACUUGCAACAUAAACCCGCUUAGUACUCCCUGUUUCUGAAACCUUUUGCCUUACAACUUUUGCACACAUUGCCUUCCCUCCUAGUAAUUUUGUGAUCAAUAUUGUCAGUUAAGAGAAUUCCCGCUGGAUUGUUACAAUGACAAUUUUUUUUUGUUUGAGCUGGCUGUGUUGAAAACAAUGAAGCAAACAUGAUAAGCAAUUUAAAACUGGUUUCAUGGACAGAAAACAACCAAAUAAGUACACUUUCUUGAAGAUUUUAAUUUUUUUGCAAGGGAAUAAUCAGACUUGCCACUUACAUGCAUCUGGAAGGGCCAGAAAAAGAGCAUAUUGUUCCAAAGUCCCUAUGGAGUCAUAUUUCUUAUAAACAUAGUAAUAAAUAAAAGUAUACCAAUUUUCCUGUUUCAACAGGCUUUUGGAAAAUCUAAUUUGCUGAGGUAGUUUUUCUGUUAUCAUACUCUCCCAAAUAUAUGAAUAUCAGGAGGCCAAAGGAGCAGGGUUUGUGUCUUUCCACAGCUUAGCUGUUCUGAAUUUUUUAAGACUAUGUUAAAAGCACAGAAAUAAUGGCCUAGCUUAUUUUUAUAUGAACAUUUCAGUAUAACUAAGGAGAUGUAGGAAAGAACCUGGUUUCUUCAAGGCUCUUGUCUGUAAUGAAUUGAAGUCAUGAGUAAAGUAUACUGAAACACAUUUAAGUGAUAGAUAAAAAUAACUGUGUGUUAAGUACUUGGAUUCAGAUUGCAACUUGCUUCUGCUUUGUUCCAAGGCAUUUGCCGAGGAGCUGCAUGAAAGGGUCCGGAAAGAAUUUUGGGCUUACUCUGAGGGUGAACAGCUGGAAUUUUCAGACCUGCGUAGGAUCAGAUAUGAGGGGAUUCGUCCUGCCCCUGGAUAUCCCUGUCAACCUGACCACCUGGAAAAACUCACCAUGUGGAGACUUGCAAACAUUGAGGAGGCAACAGGUACUUUAGCUGAAGUCUGAUUUUAAACUUACUUUUUUGUUUUUGUUUUUAAAGAACCUUUUACAUUUUCUCUUUUUUGGCCUUCCAACACCUCCCUAAGUCUCCUCCUCCCCUGGGUCCUUCCCAAGCAGUCUGAUAACUCUGUCACCUUGCCUGUCUUUACUCCAUCGUCUUCUGGUUCUGGGAGACCGGGGGGGUGGGGAGGUGUGAUAAGAAUUAACUUCUACACCACCACCUUGUUCGUACUCAGUUGAGGGAACAUUAAAUAAAACAUGGAACCAAGGAAGUAAACUCAAGCCCAGCAUCCAGGAGGGACCCAGCAUUUAUUAAAACUGUUACAAUAGGACAGCCUUGCCAACCCACUGCUCUGCUGCUAGUUAGAAGGACUCUCACCUGGAUUACAAACAAGUGGUGUAGAAGCAAAUUCUUACCACAGAAUAGACCUGGUUGCAGCAGGACAGGGACCUCCUGGCGGUUUUAGCAACCUGCUCAUCUCUGCCUCUUGACCCCUUCCUCUCCAGCCUCUGCUUCUGCCUCUGAUCCUGGACUGCUCUCUGCCACGGACUCUCCCUCCUCACUAAACCCUGUUACCUCUUCAGCUUCCGACACCACCUCCUCCCACUCUACUCCCUCUUCUCCCUCUGACCACUCAUUGUCAUCCCACCACCAAUCCCCUGGCUCUGAGCCUUCUUCCCUUUGGGGGGGGGGUUCCCCAACUGGUGCCUCCCACCACUCCUCUGCAUUCAGCCAGUCCAUGACAAUAGCUCAUUCACAGAAUAUACUUUUUUGUAAUCACUAAGGUAUAACCAAAUAAGAAUGUAUAAGAAUGCUGGGGGACAGCCUCCUCCAUCCUGCUGCCUCGCAGCUGUUUUGUACUACAACUCCAUCAACCCCUAGCUAACAGGCCACUGAUCCAUGGAUCCACUGAUCCAUGGCCCUUAAAUUGGGUUAUUAGCAUAAGUACCUAUUUCCAAAGCAGUACCUCUUUAAGUGCUUGAAAUGAUUCUGUUAAUUAUCUUGUUAACCCUCAGGUGAGGCACGCCAGUGUCGUAACAUCCAUAUUAUACAUUGGGUAACAUGGGGUAGCACUGUAGCUUGCCAUGCUGUAAGUUCCUCACUGAGGUGGGAUUUGAAUCAAAGCACAUCACACAGCUCAUUCUCCAGCCACAACACACUCUUCUAAGUAAUAAACCACAAAUGUUUUCUGUUGAUGCUUGCAGGUAUUCAGCUGACAGAAUCCUUAGCCAUGCUGCCUGCUUCAGCAGUGUCAGGUCUCUACUUUUCCAACCCUGAAUCCAAGUACUUUGCUGUUGGGAAAAUAUUGAAAGAUCAGGUAAGGCCUGAGUACCUGUAGCAGUUGUUUGACAUCCUUUCUUGCCUUCCCAGCACUAUAUAUUUCAAUCUGAUAAGAGCCAUUUCUUUUAAAUGUGGUGGAUGCUGUAAAACACACAAACUUCUUGAAAAUAGUUCUUAGAUCUGUAAACAAGAUCUUUCUGACAUGAACUCCCUUAGACCUUUUGUGUCUUUAAAGAUUUCUAUCCCAAAAGAAGUAUCACAAACACUUUUUUUUUUAAAAAGGCCCACGCUCUCUAGCUCCUUAGGAGAAAAGGCUUUCAGAGUAACUUACAUAAGAUGAAUAAAAAACCCCAAGAUUGUUAAGCUGAUGGGCAGGGACUGUCUAAAAGACAUGGCAAUCUAAAAGGCAUACUAUGGCCUAAAAAAGGAGAUGAGAAGGGAAGAAGAAACUCUCAAAAUUACAUAGCAAUACUUAUAAAUACCACCUGGAAUAGAAACAGUUCAGGGCAUGGUGGAGCCAAGUGGAUUUCGUCUCUUGGCAAAGCGGAUGAGUUGCCCUGUAUUCCAUUUCAGCCUCUGCAGACACACAUUACACAGGACUGCAGUCACACCAACUAGCCCUGGACCUGUUGUUUCACUGGAAUGAACCAACAAACACAUUUAAAAGGCCAUAGAUUGUUUAAUGAGCCAACAGCCUAGUUACAGAGAAACAUUUUUUUCCUGGCAUCUAAAGUUAUAUAAUGAAGGCGCCAGGGAAGCCUCCCUGGGGAGAGCAUUCCACAGAUGGAAAGCCGCCACAGAAAAGGCCAUUCUUGUGCUGCCACCCUCUGCGGAAUGACCUCUCAUGGAGGAGGCACACAAAGAAGGGCCUCAGAUGAUGAUUGCAGAGUCCAAGUCAGUUUAUUUGGGGAGAAGCAGAUACAUUGGGAUCAUUUUUUAAAUGUCCAAUUUGGAUCUGCAAUUUUUGACAUUCUAAUUUGAACAUUUUGUGUUUGAUGCAGUAGUUUGGAAGUCUUUGUAGUUUGUCUAGUUUUUUGUCUUUUUUUUGUCUUAUUUUGUGUGUUUUAUACUUUAUAUGUAGAAAUGCAUUUUUUUUAAAAUAAAAAAGGAUGCAAGUGUAGAGAGCAGAGGUGGUGAGACUUAAUUUCCCAGAUACUUUGAUUGCACAGAGAAGUUGAAGCCUUAGCUGUUAAAAUGCUAAAUUAUCCCUCUCUUGGUUCAUUCUGCAGGUUGAAGAUUAUGCCUUAAGGAAAAAGAUGCCUGUGGCAGAUGUGGAAAAAUGGCUGGGGCCCAUUCUUGGAUAUGAUCCAGAAUAACUGUAUGUGCAUUGAGGGUGGGGGGGGCGCGUUAGGGCUUUUGUCUUGAAAGAUACAAAUGAGAAGAAAAGGCAAAGCUUAGGACUCACGCACAAGAAACAGGUACCAUAUGGAGGCAACCACCUCAUCCCUGCCCCCAACAAGCCACAGUGUCUGCCGCAGCAAAAGCUAAAAACAUAUUGGCAAUGGAGUAAAUCUUUUAGCUUGGUCACCAUAGAAAGUCAAUUAAAAUGCCCAACAUGUGGUGUACAGAUACAGGUUCGCAUGUAUCAUGUUUCUAAUUAAAGGUCCUCCCACUUGAUUUUUGCAGCCCUAUGUAAAAGAGAUAAAUAUAUACAUGAAAUGCUCCUGACUUGCUAAGAUGUUGGGGCUUUUAAUCAGAAAAGUUUAGUAGUUAAAUGUGCUGUUAGAGGAGCACUAAUGAAACGCUACACAGAGCCCAUAACCCAUAAUUAUCUCCCUGUGCGAAUAUUGUUACUGGAUUGAGCACAGCCAUUAUUAUUUAUUUGUAGCCAUAAAAAAUUAUGUUAAGACAAAUAUUUGCACUGAUAUGUCCCACUGCCAAGGAAUAUGAAUAUAAUCACAGGACACUGAUCUUUGAUUGGACUGUGUGUAUAUAUAAUGGCAAAUAGAGUCAAAUCUGACAGAGAUUAUAAGUGCCUUGAUUCUGAUUUCCACAGUAAUUUCUCUUCUCAGCCUUUGUCUUUCUAAAUAAGCUUACCCAAUUGUUCACUGUAGCUCAACUAUCUGGUACACUCAGGAAAAUCAUGUAAUUCUUUGAAUUUUUAAUUUCUACUUAUAUUCACAGGUAGCUAAGCUUUCUGUUCUGUUACUACUGAGAAAAGUCUUUUUGCCUGUCUUUUUUGUUAAAUACCAACAUUUGCCACAGUACUAGGCUCUAAGUCUUUAGGUGUUUACUUCUUAAAAUGUGGCACCACACUAGCUUACCAGCUGCCAUAAUAAGAUCGUUCGCUUGAAAUCUCCACUGAAAUUCCCCACCCAAUUGCAUUUUUGAAGACCUGUGCGAUUCUUUUAAUUUUCCCAGUUUGAGAGAUUAGACUUCUACAGUAGAAUUUCAUGCAUUUUAUCUUGUAGCAUGAGAAUAGCACUCUUAUUCAAAGAAGCAUAAAUAUCAUUUAUAAACAGGUUUUGAUAGGUUCUGCUCAGGGCCUCAAUAAAGUGAAAGUAAACAGUUUACAUUUCUUAAGCUACAAAGAAGAGUCUAGUUUUGUUAUACUUGACAAAACCAAUAGAUUAGCGCUGACUCCAGAAAACAAGGUAAAAAAACAGGACUAAGUUUGACAUUCUUGAAAGGUCAGGUGUAUCCUUUCAAGAACAGUUGAAAUGUGAUGGACAAUUCUUAACAGGUUGCUCUUGAUGAGUGGACAUAUGGAUAUGUCCCCAAUGGUUCAGACUGCCAGUCAGCAUGUGAUGUGCUGAGCUGAAAUAAGUGUAUUCAGUACUGCUUGAGGAGAAGUUGUUUGAGUACCCUGGUUCCAUUAUCCAAGUAUCAUGGAAGCUGCCGCAGCAUGGCUUCUUUCCAUACUCCUUGAAUAACUUAGCCCCAGGGCUUUUAGCCUUCCGAGUGCUACUGCAUUAAAACUUCUGUUGUCUCUGACCAUUGGUCAUACUGUUUGGGAUAGACAGGAGUUGCAAUCCAACAACAUCUGGAGGACUAUGAUGUUCCUCACUACAGCACUAGAGCGUUGCCCCUGUUUCCAUGCUGGAAUGGGAAGCUGCGUUACUGUGAUUCCCCUCCCCCCCCCAAUGAUCUUGGACUUCUGAUUUUACCCAAAGCACUUGGGUAAAAUCAAAAUGCAGCAGGCGAUCCCCUUUACGAAAUCCUUGCCUAUAACAUGACUGAGAGUCAGAUAAGGCAAUCAGGAGGGCAAUUUCCACAGAGGAAACAGAAAUAUAUCUCGGGGUGGAUUUCUUUUGACUACAGAAGGACAAGUUCACAAAAGGAUCAAUGUUAUACUAGCUGCGUAGAUAAGACAGUGACCUGGUUUGCACACCGGUGUCACAUUAAGCCAAAACAUGGCUUAGCGCAAAUACACAGGCUUCCAAAGAAGAGAACUUAGCCAUUUUUCUUGUCCUCAGUAGUCCUACAACUGCACUGAGCUACACUAUCAUUUACCUCAGUGUGUCAGGGGAUCAUAGUUUUGCUCUCCUGGACCAAUCACUAGCCAUGAACUAUUAAGACAAACCUGGAUUUGGACAACAUGCCAAACCAUGACUUAGCUCAGUGGAGCAGCAGAAUGGCAGAGAAGUAAGCCACAAUGAUCUAAUCUAAUGCUUGUGUGUUCACACUAAGCCAUAGUCUGGCUCUUUGACAUGUGAACAAGGCCUGUGAAUGGAAAAUCUUCUGCUUGCUUCCUGAAAGUUUGUUUUUCAGUUACCUAGUCCAGCAAAGCUGCCUUUAGGUGUUGGUGCAUCUGCAAUGCAACUUGCUUAGCAGCUGAUGUCAAUAAAAACAAGAACUUCGAAUAUUAAACUGACAAACAAUAGAACAGAUUCAGAGCAUUGUGAAGCGCAGCAGGAAAUAUGAAAAUGGAUGUUUAAAUAAUCAAAGCUUGUGUGCGUGCUUUAUGUAACGGUACAUUAUUCUGACUUUCAUAAUGUUUUGUAUUAUAAAUGCAUAUUGAGACUGAGUUUCAAAAGUUUGCCAUUAAAUUUUGAUUCAGUC